AUGUCCGAAAACGCCCCCACACGAAGCUUGGAUGACAUCGACCUCGCAGCUUUGAGGGUAAGUACAGCGCGUGCUAAAGCUUCACUGAUGAUUGUCAUUUUUGGAAACUUGUAAUGACUAGUUGUCAGUCUUGAGGUGCUUCCAUCUAUAGCUAACGUUCUAUUUAGGUUAAAUGGCCAGUUGUGGGUUAAGGACAUAUCAUUUUAGAGCUUUUGUUUAAGAUAAUCUUAUUAGCAAGCAGUAUUUGCAUAGGGAGAGGCUAUACGGACAUUUAGUGCCUAAAUUGAUGACGUUUGUCGAGUGGAGAUGUACUGAUUCGGUUCAGUCAGUCGUCCAAAUCUGUCCACGCCAAACUUGGUGCAAAACCACGCCCAUGAGAAACCUAGCAACAUUUAAAGCCGCGCUGAUUGGUCAGAGUUCAGUUGUUCACUGUGACGAAGUAAAGGCGCGGGAGAGAAAGAAUCCCAACCAAAUCAAAACAUUGUCAGCCAUAACUUGCAUUUCCCGAAUUUGGAUAUGAAGUUGCAUUGAACUAUGUAUAUUUUUAGUGAGUGAUUGCAGCCAGUCUAACUGACCAGAUGGAUAGCAUCGACAUCAUGGAUAGUUGCGUUGUUUUUGGAGGUCGAUAAGCUGUGAAGACAAGUGUCAUCGCUAGUUUACAACGCUGAUUGGGCUGAAGCUGUCUAGUAGUGUGCGUUGUCUAGCGUUAGCUUAGUGUGGUUAUGUAAGUGUUUAAGAAAGGACUAUUUUAGGCUGGGUUUCUGUAUAGCACUUUGUGACAUCUGCUGAUGUAAAAAAGGGCUUUAUAAACACAUUUGAUUGAUAGACUAUUGAGAGACUUCGUUUUUGUGCUAGUUGCAUAGCUAGCUCUAGCUAAAUGGGCAAAGCAAGUUCCAUUGAUUCCCAAUUACUGACAAUCAUGUAAUGUUAGCUACUGUAUCUACAGUCACUUGUUGCUUGCCUUCCGUUUAGCUCAUUUCAAAUGAGGCCGGGAAACUGUGCAUCUCCCAUGAUUCCUGGAAUGGCAGGCACCAUCACACUCCCUAUUUGCACUUUCUUCCUCUCAGGUGCAUUUACUUCCAGUCACAGGGAACGUCAGAACUCUGACCAGUCAGCGAGGCUUUGAAUGUUGCUAGGUUACCCGUGGGCGUGGUUUUGCACCAAGUUUGGCUUGGAUAAAAAGGAUUAGGGCUGACCCAAUUUAGUCCUGGACGAUUGUUUGGUCGAUAGGCUGUUGGUCGACCAAGAGUUCUUUAGUGGAGCAGUAGCAAAAAAACUAUCAUGGUGUAGAAGAAACCUGUCUGAUUCGCACUGAGUGGACUGACCCAUUGUGGAGUGGACAGACCCAUUGUGGAGGCCGUGGGGAUGGCACAGUCCAUAAGAACAAUGGUGCAACACUAAUAAAAAUAUGAUUAUUUUAUAACAUGCGCUUUCUCCCUCAUUGGAUAGCGGUCGUCAUCCACGGUUCUGAAACACAUCAGUGCGCUGUUGAAUUGGCGCCUUUUCCUAGAUCAUGUUGCUAUGUGCAUAAUAGCAAAGUUAACCAGCAUAUUGGUGUUGAGAACAAUGCGGCGGAGGCAGCAGCAGAAUGAGAUGAGAAAACAGCCCUUGCCUUAUUAUCUAAGAAAAGUGAGGAGAGAGGAAACCCCAACUUAAUUAGGUCUAUAAUCAAUAGCCUAACUGUUAAAUGUGCCUGGCUUUAUAAAAAAAAGACAGAUCCUGCUUCUGUUGCCUGUUUGAGUGUUUGUUUAGUAGCCUACUGAUUCCGUGAGCACCAAGCCUCACGCAACGGCAUGUCAAGUAAACAAUUUCAAAAAUUAGGCUGUUUUUAAUCGUUGCUUUGCUGUAAUAAAGGCUUUACAUUUUUUUCCCCCCGUUAGAAUAGCGGCUCUGGUAAUAUUUAUAAUUUAUUUAGUGUUUACACUGUUCCAAAUUGUCUGGAAAAUUAUAUUUAUAAUAAUAACGCUCCUUUUUCUUGAUCUCCUUCUUAUUGUUGUUAUUAUUAUUAUUAUUAUUAUUAUGAUGAUCAUUAUAAUAAUAAGUGAUAUCAUUAUCAUUAAUAGGCUUAGUAUAGCAGCCUUGUAUAACCACCAUCGAGCUGUAGACCUAAGAGCACAUCCUGUUUAGUCUUGAUACCGUAACUUACUAAGGCCUAUAUUUCAAUACUUCUAUAGGCUACUGUAUCAAUCGAUCAUUAAUUAGUUAAUGUCAUCACACCGCAUACAAGUCGUUCAUGAUUUGAAAUGCAAUCAAGCAUUUUAAUUUUAAAAUAAAAUAAAGUGAGCCUUGAAUAAUUACCUUAAACAAUAAAUAAACUGUUCCAUUUCGGAAAUUGCAUUCACAAAUUAAUGUGACAGUUUUAAGUCUUUGCUGUAAUAAAGGCGUAACAAAAAAACGUUACAGACUCUCUGGUAUGCUUACACUUUAUUUUGUGUUUACAUUGUUCCAAACGGUCAGAAAUUAUAUUGUAAUAUAUACAGCACCUGUUUGGCAUACAUAAAAUGCAAGCAGCACUUGCUCCUUACCUUAUUAUUGUUGAUCUCUAGUAUUUUCCACAACUAGUCACAUUUAUUCCACACAUCUGAUUUUGCCUUUACCUCCUGAGCAACCUGUAAAUAUUCCCUCAUUUUGAGUGUAUUUGUCACGUCCUCUGCAUCCAUUUGGCUGUCACGUGUUACGGUGUUCAGAGUUUGUUAUAACCAAUUUAUUGAUGUGGGGAGAUUUGGAAAGCCAUAGUCAGUCAAUAAUACUUGUACGAAAGGUUUUAUCUUUAGCUCACAAUCUGUGGAUACUAUACAAUUUAGAAAGGUUCUACAUUUAUAUAAAACAUCACAGCACAAUUGAAAAAUAUAUGGCACAUGAAAACCAAACGAGGGUGGUCUAUGGUGAUAGGUGGGAAGGGCUGAGAGUGGCUGGGGGGGUGGGAUUAAAGAGUUUAUGUUUGGUAAUAUAUUAUUGUUAUGUGAUUGCUUUAUAUAAAAGUACCAUGUACAGUACCAGUCAAAAGUUUGGACAAACCUACUCAUUCAAGGGUUUUUCUUUAUUUUUUACUAUUUUCUACUUUGUAGAAUAAUAGUGAAGACAUCAAAACCAUGAAAUAACACAUAUGGAAUCAUGUAGUAACCGAAAAAGUGUUAAACAAAUCAAAAUAUAUUUUAUAUUUGAGAUUCUUCAAAGUAGCCACCCUUUGCCUUGAUGACAGCUUUGCACACUCUUGGCAUUCUCUCAACCAGCUUCAUGAGGUAGUCACCUGGAAUGCAUUUCAAUUAACAGGUGUGCCUUCUUAAAAGUUAAUUUGUGGAAUUUCUUUCCUUCUUAAUGCGUUUGAGCCAAUCAGUUGUCUUGUGACAAGGUAGGGUUGGUAUACAGGAGAUAGCCCUAUUUGGUAAAAUACCAAGUCCAUAUUAUGGCAAGAACAGCUCAAAUAAGCAGUGAAAUGACAGUCCAUUAUUACUUUAAGACAUGAAGAUCAGUAAAUCCGGAAAAUUUCAAGAACUUUGAAAGUUUCUUCAAGUGCAGUUGCAAAAACCAUCAAGCGCUAUGAUGAAACUGGCUCUCAUGAGGACCGCCACAGGAAAGGAAGACCCAGAGUUACCUCUGCUGCAGAGGAUAAGUUCAUUGGAGUAGGUGUGUCCAAACUUUUUACUGAUACUGUAUGUAAAAUGUCUAUGUACAAUGUAUGUAUACAGUGGGGAGAACAAGUAUUUGAUACACUGCCGAUUUUGCAGGUUUUCCUACUUACAAAGCAUGUAGAGGUCUGUAAUUUUUAUCAUAGGUACACUUAGCAGGUAGCAGCAAACUUUCUUAAUACCAAGUCGGGGAAGAUGGAAGGUUAACAAAAAACACUGUUUACAAAACCAUUUUCCUGUGUUUCAAUUACUCCUAUCUAGCUGAGAGGAGCACCAUAAUUACCCUACCCAGUCCCAGUGUAAUUAUAAUCAUAUCAUAGUAUGGAGCCAUCCCACUUGGCACAAAGUGGUUGAAUCAACUUUGUUUUAACGUAAUCUUUCAACGUAUUUUGACAUGAAAUCUACUUGGAAAAUAGAUUGAAUUUGAAAAAAGUUAUCAACAUAAACUGAUGUUUUGAGGGUGAAAUUGCAACCACAGGAUUAUGUCAUCAUGGUAAUAAAUGUUCAACAUAGACAAACCUUGUAUAAAAUAUGUUGAGUUUGUACCUUUGAAACCAUGUCAGAUCUUCAUCAUUAUAUCCACUAUCAGAAGAAAAGUAAUUGAUACACUGCCGAUUUUGCAGGUUUUCCUACUUACAAAGCAUGUAGAGGUCUGUAAUUUUUUAUCAUAGGUACACUUCAACUGUGAGAGACGGAAUCUAAAACAAAAAUCCAGAAGGUCCCCCUGCUCAAGCCAGCGCAUGUCCAGUCCCGUCUGAAGUUUGCCAAUGACCAUCUGGAUGAUCCAGAGGAGGAAUGGGAGAAGGUAAUGUGGUCUGAUGAGACAUAAAUAGAGCUUUUUGGUCUAAACUCCACUCGCCGUGUUUGGAGGAAGAAGAAGAAUGAGUACAACCCCAAGAACACCAUCCCAACUGUGAAGCAUGGUGGUGGAAACAUCAUUCUUUGGGGAUGCUUUUCUGCAAAGGGGACAGGAUGACUGCACCGUAUUGAGGGGAGGAUGGAUGGGGCUAUGUAUCGCGAGAUCUUGGCCAACAACCUCCUUCCCUCAGUAAGAGCAUUGAAGAUGGGUCAUGGCUGGGUUUUCCAGCAUGACAACGACCCGAAACACACAGCCAGGGCAACUAAGGAGUGGCUCCGUAAGAAGCAUCUCAAGGUCCUGGAGUGGCCUAGCCAGUCUCCAGACCUGAACCCAAUAGAAAAUCUUUGGAGGGAGCUGAAAGUCCGUAUUGCCCAGCGACAGCCCCGAAACCUGAAGGAUCUGGAGAAGGUCUGUAUGGAGGAGUGGGCCAAAAUCCCUGCUGCAGUGUGUGCAAACCUGGUCAAGACCUACAGGAAACAUAUGAUCUCUGUAAUUGCAAACAAAGGUUUCUGUACCAAAUAUUAAGUUCUGCUUUUCUGAUGUAUCAAAUACUUAUGUCAUGCAAUAAAAUUAAUUACUUAAAAAUAUUACAAUGUGAUUUUCUGGAAUUUUGUUUUAGAUUCCGUCUCUCACAGUUGAAGUGUACCUAUGAUAAGAAUUACAGACCUCUACAUGCUUUGUAAGUAGGAAGACCUGCAAAAUCGGCAGUGUAUCAAAUACUUGUUCUCCCCACUGUUUGUAGCAGAAAAGCUGUAAAAAACAAAAAAGAUAUGUGUCCUGGAUGGGUUAAUAAAUAAAUAAAUAUUGAUGUGAUUAUGAUAUGCUAUAGGCACGGCCUGCCUGCUCAUUAGGCAGGAUCAAAUCAAAUCACAUUUUAUUUGUCACAUACACGUUUUUUUUUUUUUUUUUUUUACACGUGUAGCGAAAUGCUUGUGGUUCUAGCUCAGACAGUGCAGUAAUAUCUAUCAAGUAAUAUAUAACAAUUUCACAACAUAUACAGUGAGGGGAAAAAAGUAUUUGAUCCCCUGCUGAUUUUGUACGUUUGCCCACUGACAAAGACAUGAUCAGUCUAUAAUUUUAAUGGUAGGUUUAGUUGAACAGUGACAGACAGAAUAACAACAAAAAAAUCCAGAAAAACGCAUGUCAAAAAUGUUGUAAAUUGAUUUGCAUUUUAAUGAGGGAAAUAAGUAUUUGACCCCUCUGCAAAACAUGACUUAGUACUUGGUGGCAAAACCCUUGUUGGCAAUCACAGAGGUCAGACGUUUCUUGUAGUUGGCCACCAGGUUUGCACACAUCUCAGGAGGGAUUUUGUUCCAUCUCCAAGUCAUUAAGGUUUUGAGGCUGACGUUUGGCAACUACAAUGGUGUUCUUGGGGUCAUAGGUAGCAUUCCUCCUCCUCCAAACAUGGCGAGUUGAGUUGAUGCCAAAGAGCUCGAUUUUGGUCUCAUCUGACCACAACACUUUCACCCAGUUCUCCUCUGAAUCAUUCAGAUGUUCAUUGGCAAACUUCAGACGGCCCUCUAUAUGUGCUUUCUUGAGCAGGGGGACCUUGCGGGCGCUGCAGGAUUUCAGUCCUUCACGGCGUAGUGUGUUACCAAUUGUUUUCUUGGUGACUAUGGUCCCAUCUGCCUUGAGAUCAUUGACAAGAUCCUCCCGUGUAGUUCUGGGUUGAUUCCUCACCGUUCUCAUGAUCAUUGCAACUCCACGAGGUGAGAUCUUGCAUGGAGCCCCAGGCCGAGGGAGAUUGACAGUUAUUUUGUGUUUCUUCCAUUUGUGAAUAAUCGCACCAACUGUUGUCACCUUCUCACCAAGCUGCUUGGCGAUGGUCUUGUAGCCCAUUCCAGCCUUGUGUAUCCCUGGAGAGCUCUUUGGUCUUGGCCAUGGUGGAGAGUUUGGAAUCUGAUUGAUUGCUUCUGUGGACAGGUGUCUUUUCUACAGGUAACAAGCUCCCUUUAAGAGUGUGCUCCUGAUCUCAGCUCGUUACCUGUAUAAAAGACACCUGGGAGCCAGAAAUCUUUCUGAUUGAGAGGGGUCAAAUACUUAUUUCCCUCAUUAAAAUGCAAAUCAAUUUAUAACAUUUUUGACAUGCGUUUUUCUGGAUUUUUGUUUUGUUAUUCUGUCUCUCACUGUUCAAAUAAACCUACCAUUCAAAUUAUAGACUGAUCAUUUCUUUGUCAGUGGGCAAACGUACAAAAUCAGCAGGGGAUAAAAUACUUUUUUCCCUCACUGUAUAUGGAAAUAUUUUGGCUACAGACAGGAUGAUGUUGACCAAAAACAGGUACUUUGUCGAGAGUGCCUUACAAUUUUUGCCAUAACACGAGGCAACAGGACCAAUUUGUUCAAUCAUUUAAGGCGGCACCACAAAUCUUCGUAUGACGAGUGCAAAGCAUCUCAAUGCCCUCCAAAGCAAACAAUCUAUUUCGGAUGCCUUUGCCAGUAUUACACCAUACGAGAAAGGUUCCAAACGGCAGAGAGAAAUCACAGAUUCAAUAACAUUUCACGUCGCCAAAGACAUGGUACCAAUUAACACGGUUACCAAAGAGGGUUUUAAAAACAUGAUCCGGUCACUUGACAAGCGGUAGGUAAUGCCAUCACGCAAGUAUUUUUCUCAAGUUGCCAUCCCAGAGUUGUACGAGAAAUGCAAGGCACAAGUUGAAACAGAGCUGUCACUAGUGGAAUAUUAUACAGCAACAACGGACUUGUGGUCCAGCCGGACAACGGAGCCCUACAUAAGUCUGACCGUACACUUUAUUAAUGAGGACUUCCACCUGAAAAGUCGCUGUUUGCAAACUGCAUUUUUCCCAGAGGAUCAUGCAUACAUCCUGUAUUUUUUAAUAUCACAAUAUAUAUCGCAGAAAAACAAAAUAUCACAAUGUCAGUUAUUUCCAAUAUCGUGCAACCCUAGUAUAUACAUAUGAGAUGAGUAGUGCAAGAUAUGUAAACAUUAUUAAAGUGACUAGUGUUCCAUUUUUUAAGUGGCCAGUGAUUUUCAAUAGGCAGCAGCAGCCUCUAAUGUGCUAGUGAUGGCUAUUUAACAGUCUGAUGGCCUUGAGAUAGAAGCUGUUUUUCAUUCUCUCAGUCCCAGCUUUGAUGCACCUGUACUGACCUCGCCUUCUGGAUGAUAGCGGGGUGAACAGGCAGUGGCUCGGGUGGUUGAUGUCCUUGAUGAUCUUUUUGGCCUUCCUGUGACAUCGGGUGCUGUAGGUGUCUUGGAGGGUGGGUAGUUUGCCCCCGGUAAUGCGUUCGGCAGACCGCACCACCCUUUGGAGAGCCCUGCGAUUGCGAUACCAGGCGGUGAUACAGCCCGACAGGAUGCUCUCAAUUGUGUAUCUGUAAAAGUUUGUGUGGGUUUUAGGUGCCAAGACGGAUUUCUUCAGCCUCCUGAGGUUGAAGAGGCUCUGUUGCGCCUUCUUCACCACACUGUCUGCGUGGGUGGACCAUUUCAGUUUGUCGGUGAUGUGUACGCCAAGGAACUUGAAGCUUUCCACCUUCUCCACUGCGGUCCUGUCGAUGUGGAUAGGGGGUUGCACCCUCUGCUGUUUCCUGAAGUCCACGAUCAUCUCCUUUGUUUUGUUGACGUUGAUUAGGUCAAAAGUAUGACAAUGUAAUGAGACGGACACUUUUUACAUCAUGCAGGUUCUCAGAUCAAAUAGCCUAACCUAAAUGGCUCUCAAUCAAAUACAAAAUGAGCUGUUAUGUUAACAAAGCAACAUAUCCUAAAAACAGGACAGGUCAAAGUAAAAUUGACAUUAUGGAACGGACAAUCACAACUGUUGUACAGGAGUUUCACCCCAUUGUCAUGAUCAGUGGUUUACAUUUUUCUAUCCGUACAUUUUUGACAAGCUGAUCAAAGCGAAAAAUAAAAUACUUCUGCAUUUCUCACUGUGUAAACACAUUGCAAAUAGGCUCGUGAUAACUCCUGAUAAAGUUGGGUAGCUGAUAUUCAGAGCUUAAAUAGCCAAAUUGAUUAGUCACAGGAACCAGGACUAAUAAAGCCAGUGCAAUGGCCUGUUUUACAAAUGGUGGGCCUACCACAUGGAUGGGCAUUCAUAAAAUUCCAUUGCAGGCUGACAUGGUAGGCUACACCCUAGUAAGCACGAGCCCAACAUCUUUUGGAUGUCUGAUUUUGGUCCUGUCUGAACGUCUUUUGGGGGGGUUUUACAAACGGUAGGCUUACCACAGAUGGGCAUUCAUAAAAUUCAAUUUCAGGUAACACUGUAGGCUACACCUCAGUAAUCACGGACUGACGGCGACGCCUUUUGGACAUAUUUUUUUUUUGGUGCAGUUACUGUCUGGACCUGCCUUGAUUUGGGCCAAACAUAGAUAAAUGACUUAUUUUCAACUUUCAUUCAGAAUCGAAAUUGAACCUGAUUUCAACGUCUGGAAAAUAUGUAUUUUUCAACUUCCGGAAAAUAUGCCUUUUCAGUGUCCUGGAAAAUAAUAUAUUUUAAACAUAAGGAAAAUACCUUUUCAACUUUCAUUCAGAACCUAAAUUGAACCUAACUUCAACGUCUGGAAACGUAAUUUGGCUUACUGGGACUAUUAAACCUCUCGGGGCAGCAUUUUUUUGUCUCGCCAAUGGUGGCAGAACGUUAAAGACCCGCCCUGGCUAUAGGUCAGGGGGAGGUCGGGUAAUGUAAUUAUGUGCACGAGCACAAAACACCACAUCUGUCAUUUUUGGCCAGUCCGAACCUGCCAUGGCAGUAAGUUUUACAUGGCAGGAGAGUAACAAUUUCAGCCAGAAUAACCUACUGUUAUUUUUGGCGAACUCCAAUGUCCUCUGAUAAUACUAGUCCUGUGCGAAAUGACAUCCCUGUGUUUUGAGAGAAAUGUCUGAGUUCGACAGGUGUUGCUCGCAGUUUGCGCAAGAAAACAAUAACUGAUUGGAUAAAUUGAACUAAGUGCUGCUAAGCUAUAUAUGAAUGGCCUACAUGUAGCCUAUCAACUUUCACAUGGAAUGCUUUUGUUUAUAUGUUUUGUGCGUAUGAAUUGAAUAUUGGCAAAUGCAUCAGUAAAAAAUAAUGAGCCUAUUUAAUGCAACUGUUAAUAGAUCGCAAAGCAGCAGCAUACAACUGACCUAAACGUUUGGAAAGUUAACUUUCUCAUCCAUAGCCUUAAAAUGCAUCUCAAGUGCAAUUGCACUAUUUAGCUCACAUCUGAAGGCUUGGGGCAUUUAGGACGUUCUGCGGAUUGUAAAAAUAUCCUAAUGAUUAUGAUCACACUUCCUCAAUUCAAAUAUUAUGGCAACAAUAUAGGAAAUAUGGUUUGGUAUGGUUUAGAUACUUGGGAACCAAGCUCGAGUUAUCAGUGUGGCCCUAUCACCUGGACAUGUUGAAAUACUGUAUCUUCACGCGUAGAAUAAAACCCCCCAAGCCUCCUUCAUAACUGUCAAUUUAUUGGAGAAAAAAAAGAAGAAUUACAGGGGGCAGUUUGGAUUUUUUUUAUCCCGUCCGAGUCCUCCUGUGGAAUUGUCGGACAUUCUGAAGUAAUAAUUACAUAACCAACGUUCUCUAGUAAUACUAGUCCCAUGCAAAUAGGUAUUUGGUCACGUGCGCAUUUAAAGAGAGCAAGGGUUGAGGGAAUAGGGAAUGUUUUUCCUAAACAAAUGAGGGAUUUCGGUAACAGAACUUUUCUGUCAUAAAUGGCUGUAAUUAUGUUCCAGCUUCAGCAACACGGACAGCGCGAUAAACACUUUGAUGUUCUGUGGUGGUCGCUGCAGCAGGGAGGAGAGAGAGAACGGGUCCAUCACUCGCUGUCUUUAUUUUUUUACAUAGCGUAGCAAGUCUGAGCCCGGCCCAAUCAAAUCAAUUGCUGGUCGGACACCCUCUAGUCAUUUGUGUCUUAAUUAUUUAAUCAAACCGUGUGCUUAAAGCAUCAGACAAGCUCAGUGAAUAUAGUUGAUUUGAUUAAAACACAUAGGAUGUGUUAAUAUAUGGAAAAAUACACGUUUAAAAAGUGGUCGAAAGAACAGAGGACUCUUGGUCGACUAAUACUUUUUUUUGUCAGGGACAGCCCUAAAAAGGAUGCGUCCUAAUGAGCCCAGCUAGUGAGUUUAUGCUUGUGUCUAGAACCUGCAGCGAGAUUUUCAAACAUGUCUGCCGAUGUUGGAAUCAUUAAGAUUUUAUGAGUAAUUAUUUAUUUUUUUACAAAAAUGUAACAUUUGACAUUAAUGCUGUAGUUGUACAUUUUCGGUGAAAAUCACUACAAUAAAUGUGCUUUAGCUUUCACCCUGGCCUGAUAUUGGCUACACUAUCUAUAGUGAGCUAUAUAUGAGCUACUCAUACAUUUCUUCCUAGCUUUCAAAUAGGCACUGUUUGUAUUUUCCCUAAUUCUGUUUUCUCCGUUUUAUUUUUCCCGUUUUGGGAUUUUCUAAACGUUUUUCACUCUAAAUUACAGUUAUUCAUAGAAAAAACAAUUACAAUGAAUGUUAUGUGUCCAUGUCAAUUCUUAAAUCGCAACAGAAGACAAUUGAGGGCUGAAAAAUAACUAACACAUUUAGAUUUGAGUGUAAUACCCCUUUAAUUGCCCAUUUUGUGAGAGAGGAACAUGCUGGUCUAGGGAUGUUUUUGCUGCUGCAUAUGUCUUGAUAGAGUUUGCAAAUCAAAAUCAUACCCGAUUGAUACAAAUAGUCAUAAUAUAAUUCUGCCAGGUAAGCCUACUUUGCAGUUAACCUUCUCAAUUAAAUGUUUUGGGGAAAGUCUUUCUGUCUACCCAGAAGACAGUUAUCAUUAUCGCUAACUGGCUACACAAAGUAAAUUAUAGGGAAAUGCGUGCACCACACAUACAUACAGGGGCAAUAUUGAUGGAACUUAAUUGGCAGAUAUUGUGCUUUUUAACCCAAUUCUGGCUAAGGGAGGGAUAAUGUGGAUUUGAUUGGAUAGAGCUUGAGCUGUCUGAUACUUGAGAUUUGUUUGACAGUUUGCUGUGGAACACGUGAAAAAUACAUUCACGAUCAGAAUUGUUUGGUGAGCUAGCCUACUCAUAGGUGGGCUGCGAGCUACUGGGACCUGUUGGAGACCCCUGGUCUAGCUACUUCCCUCUCCUUACUGCGGCAAGCAGGAGCCAAGGACACGUUGCCCCGUGUUGUUGGCUUGCAGCGCAAAAUCUCCCCUAUUAAGCAGGGUAGACAGUAUCAUGGUGACAUCCAAAUGGUUACUACAAAUAAUAUUACAUUUACAUUUUAGUAAUUUAGCAGACACUCUUAUCCAGAGCGACUUACAGUUAGUGAGUGCAUACAUUUUCAUACUUACAAGUUAUUUCUCCUGUAGGCUGCAAUCCGACUCGAAAUAAAAUAAAGUGGGGUGGAACAAAUUGGAGAUGGUGACUAGGGCUGUUACGGUGACCGUAUUACCCACACACCUGUGGUCAUGAAGGCAGUCAAAUUCCACGUGACUGUUUAGUCACGGUAAUUAGGCUUCUCCAAGCUCUGAUGCUGCUGAUGGUCAUUAGUAGCCUACCAAACUUGCUAACUGCCUGGUACUCAGCACUCCAUUGUCCCUCUAACCACUCUGACAUCAAUACAAAUGUAAUCUAAAAUCAAACACUUAAUGAGAGCGCAUGAGCUCAUGUUGCGCAACAUUUCUAUAGGCUAUGCAAUUGCAUGUGGCCUACUAUAUUUAUUUCUCAACUUUCCUAAUAUUAAGCACAUUGCUUCUCUUUACAACAGCAGUAUAGCCGACUUGGCUGGCAUAAAAAUGAACCACGGGAAAAGCGUCCUCCGUUCGCUAUUUAAGUGCAUAGAUGUAUUUUUUCCCCUGCCCCUGUUUCGAGAUAGGUGCAUGAUAAUGGUCCAUUCUAAAUCAAAACAGAUUCCACACACAUUAUUUUGUAUAUGUAAAGACACGAUUAAAUCAAGAAUAGUCUGCUGGGUGACAAUAUUAGCCUAUCACUUGUGAAUUAUAUAUUAUCACUUGUGAAUGAUGCCCAUCGUAAGGCAAAAAACAAUGCCUUUUUUUUCUUCUUGACUUUUUUGAAUCAUAGUCGCACACCUCAUUUAGCCUAGUCCAUAGGCCUAUAUGUUUUGAUAAGGUUUGUAUCACAACUAAAGUGGCCAAAUAAUUCUUAAAAUUAAGCACAUUAAUCCGCUUUACAAGGGGUGUAGAGCCUAACUGGCAUACAUAAGCAGCGCGUGAGUUUCAAGUUUUAGGGAGAUAAUUUUCACCAUAGAAAUGCACCUUCAUAAUAAAAUUUAUAUAUAUAAUCGCAUUUGCGAUUCCCGCUAAUGGAACAUUUGCGCUUAUAGCCUACUGCCGUGUGCGCAUUGCUGCGCUUAUAAUAUGAAGAAAUAGCCUAAUAGUUUAUCAAUGUUGCGUAAAAAAGGUUUUUUGAUGCUAGUGGUUGUAUUAAUUUGGGAUCUUUCGCAUCCCACAACUGGCCCAGACUAUGUUUGGAAUAUUUAUUUCUCGCACAGAAUAGAAUAGGUCAACUUUUGUACUAUGGGGAUAGUAGAUUGACAUAGGCUAGUGCUUUUGUUGUUCGUUAGGCCUACACAUCUUGUUGGCUGACAAAGUAAAUGUGGACAGUUCUUCCAAUAUCUUCAAUAUGCACCUCGGAAUUGGAUAAGGACACGCGCAGUUGCAUUGCCGAUGUGUCUCUUCACUUGUAGCCUGUGUGAGAGACCCGGUCACGUGAUGGAGAGCCAUGUGAGUGAGAGGUGCUUCGCAGCACUCGGGGAGAAGGGAAUUAUUAUAUUUAGCCCAAGGGCACAAUGGCCACUGGCCGCAAAAGGCAUGGAUUUUUUUAGGGGGUAUUAUGGCCACACAAAGGGGAUGCCGCUGGGAAAUUCAAGGCAUUAUCAAGUGCUUGUCAAAUUGUGAAUGAGAGACUGAUGACGUGUGUGUACAGCCUGCGCAAAAAAACAAAGCAGAGCUCAUGCCUUUCCUGUGACAUUUUUCAAAUCAUCAUCAGGCAGCCUUACAAUGUAUUAAAAAUCAAAACAAUAUAGCCCAACAUUUAUAGAACAACUAAAGUUACAUUAAUAACUCUAAAUUAAGCAUAUAGGAGUACCUAUUUCUUUGUUAACCGCUCAACACAGAAUAGUCGCAUGUGCACACUCCUUCAAAUCGUUUGGAGAAAAUAUCCUUUCUAUUUUAUUCAGCUUUGUUCAAUUGUAUUCUUCAUACUAUAAAAUAAUUUAAAACAAUGCCACGGAAUUCUAAGCAAAUCUUGUCUGCCAAAUGAACUAGUGUAGCACACAGCCAUAAUGCAUAGCUAGAUCAGGACCUAACAUAAGGACAACUGAGUGUGCUAUUCUGGUCUUCUGAAAUAGUCUACAUUUUCUUCAUAUCAUGUUUCUUUAGACCUGUCUAAAAUAAAGAAUGGAUUUAUUGUGAAGGUGUAGGCUAUAUUACAUAGAUUUAUUAGACUUUUUAAAAUGUAGAUGUUCCAAAGGUCUGCAUCAGUGGCUUGUAGGCUAUGUGUGGAAGCUAGGAGAUGCUAAAUGUGCUCAUGUUAAUUAACGGUCAAUUACCGUGAGACCGGCAGUUAUUUGCUUGACAAUCACCGGCUGACUAAAUUUAGUGACCGCCACACCCCUAUUGGUUACCAAAUCCAUUUACAUGUCCAGUCCGCCCACAUUAGUCGCUGCUUAACUCCAUCGUAAAUUGUUCAAUUUAGUCAGCUACUUCCUUGUAGCCGUUUUCUUUUUUGCAUCAUCAGAAGUAGAAAAUGUAAUCUAAAAAACAUUCCUAAAAGGGGCUAUCAAAACCUGAUUUUGAAAUAGAUUUCUAAAACUCACUGAUUUUGACUGUACUCUGUGGUGGAUUGUAAAACACCUGUUUGCAUGUUCCAAAUCCAUCAAAAUUAGAAGUUGAACAUAAAGGAUAAACAAACCCAGAUCUUCGGUUGCUGACUCUCUGGGACCAUAUACUUUUAAGGUAUCUGUAAAAUGAGAUUCAUUUGUAAUGUGGGCCAUCAUUGAGGUUGGCCAUUCUAAUACCAUGAUCCGGUGUCAGUAUAUCGUCAAACAAAGACUAAGAAGCAUCUAACAGGGUAGAGUAUAGUUUGAUAAAGGGUGAUUUAAUAUAUACCGGUAUCUCUCACCAACACACUCUAGCAAUUUAAGUACAACGAGUUACAGACCAGACCUCUCCAUGCAAUGCUAUUUAAUUCUCCAUUUUGAGAGAGAGAGGGCUCUGAGAGAGAUGAUUCACUUGAGCUUAUUGUUUGAUAGCUGUCCUUAUAACACCCACUCUUCCUGCUGCACAUAAACACACACACACACACACACACACACACACACACUCACAUGCCUGCAAGUAUAACCUACAGUAGGCUAGUAAUAGUGCAUGACUAUAAUUUCUCUUUCUGUAGAAGACUCAAAUAUUACAGUGGUGUAGUUAGUAGAAUAGGCUACAUUCUUCAUGAGACCCCACAACAGAACAUAUCAGGUGGUCUGACAAGUGUCAACACACAUUGAAUCGACGCUUACCUUCAACUAUCAAAUCUGUUCUAGGCUAUUUCUUGCCCGACCGCCCCCUUGCAGACACCGUUGUUGUUUUUCAUUAUUUGACAUUUUUGAUGGUACAGUGUGAGUCUAAAGGCCUCAUUAUUUGUGAAUGUGAUAGGCCUACUUGUCCAGGGAGAGAGGAAUACUAGCUGAAUAUUCAAAUUGUCGGAUAGCUGGUUUUCUCUAGGUAAGUACACACACAUUAGGGGGGGUCUUCUGACACACGCAAAGAUCCAACAGCAUUGUCAAUGGAUGGAGUUUGCACUUCUGCACCCAAGUUAAGUUGUGGGAAGUGACGUUACCAGUUGGUCCACAAUGUGUUGCUCUCAUGCUCUGUCUGUGAUCAGUGUUGACAGUUUGUUGCUGGUACAGCCCUCUGCACUCCUUAGCUUUAAUACAGCUCCACCCUCCCCCUCAAUCUCUUUCUUUCUUCCCUCUCUUCCCACUCUCUGUGUUGGACGUGGGCGAUGCUGCCAUCUCUCUCUCCUCCCUCUGGAUGAUCUCUAUAUUAGCCUCCUCUAUUCCAUCGUUCCCUUUCAUCCCUGUCAUUCCAUUAAUUUCCCCUAUUUUGAACACUUGUACUCCAGUGCUUUUACUCCAACCCUUUUGGCAGUCUGUUGAUCCUGCUUCUCCUGCUCAUAGUGCUCCUCUUACACACAGUAUAGAUGAAGUAAUUGGACCAUUUGUCAUUCCCAUUAGGUAUAUGUUUAUUUAAUAUUUUUCUCUCAAACCCCCUAGCUCUAAUCUAUUUAUGCCUCAUUCUCUUGUGCACCUCUCUCUCACCUCUCCUUGUAUGAUUUCCCUCUGUUAAAGACAGACACUUGAAAAAGUCAGGAAUAGACAGACCCAUUAUUGAAACAAUAUGAAAGCAGGAUGGUCACGCUGAACAUUUCCAACCUAAAGCAGCAGCAGCCCCACCGCCCACAGAUCCUACACAGGCCAUAUUGAAUCACACUGAAAGUGGAACCUUUGUCUGUUUUUUGCCCUCUCCAGGGAAAAAAGCGAUGACUGAUUUUAAUAUUUCGCUUGAAGUAGCCAUUAUGAAUGUCACCUGUGGUUUUUAUCUUAUGGUGGGGAUAAAAUAGAAAAGUCAAUUACUCCCUUUCCUAUAAUGCAAGUGGUGGAUGGAUGAUGUCAAGAGCUUUUAUGUGACUCAAAACAUCUCAAUAUCUCUCAGGCCUCCUUAUUUGUGUGGUCUAGGCCUACAGUGCCUUCAAAAAGUAUUCAUACCCCUUGACUUAUUCCACAUUUUGUUCUAUUACAGCCUGAAUUAAACAUUUUAUUAAAUUGAUUUUUUCUCUCGCCCUUCUACACACAGUACCCCAUAAUGACUCCUAAUGAGUGCCUUAGACCACUCCUGAGUGGUGCAGUGGUCUAAGGCACUGCAUCGCAGUGCUAACUGUGCCACUAGAGAUACUGGUUCGAAUCCAGGCUCUGUCGCCGCCGGCCGCGACCGGGAGACUCAUGGGCGGCGCACAAUUGGCCCAGCGUCGUCCAGGGUAGGGGAGGGAAUGGCCGGCAGGGAUGUAGCUCAGUUGAUAGAGCAUGGCGUUUGCAACGCCAGGGUUGUGGGUUCGAUUCCCACGGGGGGCCAGUAUAAAAAAAAUAUGUAUUCACUAACUGUAAGUCGCUCUGGAUAAGAGCGUCUGCUAAAUGACUUAAAUGUAAUGACAAAUCGAAGACAUGUUUUUAUAAAUUUUUUCAAAUGUAUUGAAAAUGAAAUGCAAAAAUAUCUAAUUUACAUAAAUAUUCACACCCCUGAGUCAAUACUUUGUAGAAGCACCUUUGGCUGCGAUUGCAGCUGUGAGUCUUUCUGGGUAAGUCUCUUAAGAGCUGGAUUGUGCAACAAAUUAUUCAAGCUCUGUGAAAUUGGUUGUUGAUCAUUGCUAGACAACCAUUUUCAAGUCUUGCCAUAGUUUUGACUUGAAUCUACUUGAAAACCUAACUCAGCCACUCAGGAACAUUCACUGUCUUCUUGGUAAGCAGCUCCAGUGUAGAUCUGGCCUUCUGUUUUAGGUUAUUGUCCUGCUGAAAGGUGGAAAGCAGACUGAACCAGGUUUUCCUUUUAGGAUUUUGCCUGUGCUUAGCUUUUUUUAUCCUGAAAAACUCCCCAGUCCUUAACAAUUACAAGCAUACCCAUAACAUGAUGCAGCCACCACUAUGCUUGAACAUAUGGAGCGUGGUACUCAGUAAUGUGUUGUGUUGGAUUUGCCACAAACAUAACACUUUGUAUUCAGGACAAAAAGUUAAUUGCUUUGACAAAUUUUUUGCAGGAUUACUGUAGUGCCUUGUUGCAAACAGGAUGCAUGUUUUGGAAUAUUUGUAAUAUGUACAGGCUUCCCUUUCACUCUGUCAAUUAGGUUAGUAUUUUGGAGUAACUACAAUGUUGUUGAUCCAUCCUCAGUUUUCUCCUAUCACAGCCAUUAAACUCUAACUGUUCUAAAGUUACUGUUGGCCUUAUGAUGAAAUCCCUGAGCGGUUUCCUUCCUCUCCGGCAACUGAGUUAGGAAGGACAUCUGUAUCUUUGUAGUGACUGGUUGUAUUGACACACCAUCCAAAGUGUAAUUAAUAACUUCACCAUGCUCAAAGGGAUAUUUUUUUACCCAUCUACCAAUAGUUGCCCUUCUUUGCGAGGCAUUGGAAAACCUCCCUGGUUUUUGUGGUUGAAUCUGUGUUUGAAAUUCACUGCUCGACUAAGGGACCUUAAAAUUAUCUGUAUGUGUGCGGUACAGAGAUUAACAUGUUAAACACUAUUAUUGCACACAGUGAGUCCAUGCAACUUAUUAUGUGACUUGUUAAGCAAAUUUUUGCUCCUCAACUUAUUUAGGUUUGCCAUAACAAAAGGGUUGAAUACUUAUUGACUCAAGACAUUUCAGCUUUUCAUUUUUAAUUAAUUUGUAAAAAUGGGGUGUUGUGUGUGUGUGUGUGUAGGCCAGUGACAAAUCUCAAUUUAAUCCAUUUUAAAUUCAGGCUGUAACACAACAGAAUUUGGAAGAAGUAGAGGUGUGUGAAUACUUUCUGAAGGCACUCUAUAUGUUUGCCAGUCUAUUCAAAUGCUCACCAUGUCUGUCUCGCCAUCUUGUCUCCCAGUCCGUCUGGCCUGGUGGUCUGGUGUCUCUCGGUCCGACUAUCUUAAUUAAUCUGUCCAUCUUUUUUUCCAGGACCCAGCAGGGAUCUUUGAGCUGGUGGAGGUGGUGGGCAAUGGGACUUAUGGACAGGUGUACAAGGUAAGACAAGACAUAUGGAUGGGGCUUGGAUCAGCGAUCCAACAUGGGAGGUGAGGGACACUGAACCACCGAGCCAGUUGAAGCUUAUAUUGAGGCUGUCUGAGUGGCUCCCCCUAUCAAACCCUCGUUGUGGUAGGAAGUCUGAGAUUAGGCCAGAUUAGUGCAGCUGUGCUGGACCACGCUGAGGCUGUCAGUCUGAGGAGCCGAGGAGACGGGUAGUGGUAAUGAGAAUAUGGAGAGAACUAAAAAGUAGAGAUAGAAAAUGAUGUGGUGUAACAUACAGCAUAAUCACUUUCAAAACAGAUUUAACCAGGGCAGAGUUCCUUUAACUAUUCGAAUUUCUGCUCGAAGUUAGGAUAUAUUUUUAGAGCUGACAUCUGCUGUACUAGCCUUCAGUUUCUUGUUUUGAUUGAUUGAGAACUCUGUCUUAACUGGUCAAACUUUUGGGGGCCUGGAACACAUUUUGUGAUAGCAAAGUCAUCAGGGACCCCCCUCAUAAUCAUAACACAACUCGAGUGAGAUGAGAAAUGGCAUACAAGGAGUUCUACUAUGACUUUGGCAGGGCAUGGCCGGACGAACCAAGUCUCGGGCCCUUGGAAGGAACCCUUUUUUAGCAACAUUUUCAAAAAUAGUAUUUUGCAGUUUUCAAGCUAAUUUCCUGCAGUUCUACACAUUUUGUCAUGGGGCAGAGUUUUUGUUGUUGCAGAUUUAAGGCCAAAAUCCUGCAAUUCGACACAUUUUGAGACAGAGAGAAUAAAUAUUAGUUUUGAAGCUUGAAUUACUGUGCAUUUAUAUUCAAAAACAUUUUAAGCGGAUACAAUAAGUAUUAAGUAGAAAAAUGUAUAUUUGGUGGAGUACUGUGAAUACCAAUAUCCCUUUGAGCCUCCCAGGCCCAUGUUUCCCAGGGUUAAGAACAUAAAUGUUUGAUUGAAGGAGCUAUAUGUAAUAUUUUUGCAUUGUAAUUUCAGAAAAUGUCCUUAAUAUACCUACAUUAAUAGUGGAAUGAUGGUGUUUCACAAUAUUUCCCCCCCCCAAAAGGCUAUUGGGUACACACAAAAUUGCAUUCCAAUGAUGCAGCCUUCUUAUUGGUCAAAAAAAGACAGACCGUCUCCUGUUGUCAAAUUGACUUGUUUGCUGGCCCCAGUCAAUUUGACAACGAGACGGCCCAUCUUUUGUUGACCAAUAAGAAGGCUGCACCAAUAGAAUGCAAUUUUGUGUGUGCCACAAAAAAACGUUGGUGGAAAAAAAUCUGAAACACUAUCAUUCCACUAUUACUGUAGAUAUAUUGAAGACAUUUUCUGAAAUUACAAUGCAAAAAUAUUACAUAUAGUACCUUUAAUAUUAUUAUAUUGUAUUACACCCUAUAAACCUAUUCCACGGAUCCCUUGGCCAAAAUUAGCUUAAUCUGUUAGUAAUAUUCAUAAAAAAAGAUUUGGCCACGGACCUCCUGCAGUACCUCUACAGACACCACUUUGAGAACCCCUGUGUUAAGAUGAUCAAGUCUGCUCUGCCUUUAAUCAGGGGCGUCACGUUAAGACGGGCCAGCUGGCUGCCAUCAAGGUAAUGGACGUGACAGAGGAAGAAGAGGAAGAGAUCAAGGCUGAGAUCAACAUGCUGAAGAAGUAUAGCCAUCACCGCAAUAUUGCCACCUACUACGGAGCAUUCAUCAAGAAGAGCCCACCUGGACAUGAUGACCAUCUCUGGGUCAGUCUGAUGGCUGUUGUCCCUGUCUGGUGGUAUAAUCUGAGGGAGAGCUUCAUUAUUUAAUGGGCUCUCUCUGAUAUCCAUGAAUGGCUUAAUGCACAGAAACAAGAUUAGGAUUACUGCAGGCAGCAUUAUUUAUUACAGUGAACAUUGCAGUGUGUCUGUGUGUAUUUAUGUGUGCUAAGUUCCUUCCUGUCUGUGUAUAGCUGGUGAUGGAGUUCUGUGGGGCGGGCUCUGUGACAGACCUGGUGAAGAACACCAAGGGCAACUCUCUGAAGGAGGACUGGAUCGCUUACAUCUGCAGAGAGAUCCUUAGGGUGAGAACCACACUGCACCCAACUGUAGAACCAUUGCACAACAGUCUGAGUCUUUAGGCCAAGCACCAUCACAGAUUCCCUCCAGAGGGUGUCAAACCCCUGACUGAACUCUGACCCUUCUUUGAUACCCAGGGCCUCUCGCACCUCCACCAACACAAGGUCAUCCACAGAGACAUCAAGGGCCAGAACGUGCUGCUGACGGAGAAUGCAGAGGUCAAACUCGGUGAGAUGAUGGAUGCUAAACUGUUCAUGUGUUUGCUCUGCUGCUUCUUGUGUGUUGUUUACAUGGGUUUAUAUGUACAGUGUGUUGGCUUGUUGUGAUGAAUAUGUAAUCCUGAGCCCUAUACUAUGAAUCUAGUUUGAGGAGUUAGUGAGGUAACUUUGGUCAACUCUGAGUUCAACUCGGGAUAACCGGUACCACAAAAGUGGCUCACCUUUUAGCCAGGUACAUUUCUAUGGCAACGAAUCCUUCAGAUCUAAUCUGAUCCAGGGCAGGCUAACUCAGGGCUAACUACAUUUAUCCUGAAUGUAGUGUCUGAGCGGCGAGUUGAGGACCAAUGAAAUCAGAUUCCCUCCCUCUCUCAAAGAUGGCGUGAUCAUCCACUUCACCUGAACAGCUUCUAUACCCAAGCCAUAAGACUGCUAAAUAGUUAGGUAUAUACUUAACGAAUAGCUACCUGGACUAUCUGCAUUGACCCUUUUUGCACUCUUUUGACUGAUCACAUACGCUGCUACUGUUUAUUAUCUAGCCUGUUGCCUAGUCAUUUUAUACCUACCUAUAUGUACAUGUCUACCUCAAUAACCUCGUACCCCUGCACAUUGACUCGGUACUGGUACCCCGUGUAUAUAGCCAAGUUAUCGUUACUCAUUGUGUAUUUAUUCCUUGUUAUUAUUUUUCUAUUAUUUCUCUUUUUCUCUCUGCAUUGUUGGGAAGGGCCCGUAAGUAAGCACUACACUGUUAGUCUAGAUUUGUUAAAAUACCUAUCACGUUGUAUGACAAAUGAACGUCACGCACAGAAACCUUUUGUAUGACUUAAUACAAUUAUUUUAUCAAUAGGAGUGUGGAGAAAGGUGGUCAUGUAUUGAUAACCACAUCAAAGCACACCAAAGUAAUAAAAUAAGGACGCCAUUUCUGAAAGUCUAUUUCGCACGAUAGCCUGCUGAAUUUGCAAGAUACAUUUUCUUUCAUUUUGAUUUCAGCAAAAAUAUAAAUGUGGCACUGACUCUCCCAUGGAUUGAUAUUUCAGCAUUUUCUCAAUGAAGAGUUUGGCGUUCAACUAGCCACGUGCAAGAUGCACGCGCAGUUACAAGCCUGCUAGAGUUAGCGGCAGGCGGUCGAGCAAUAUACACCGUAGUACGGAUGAAGCCUGAGCUGGAAUGGGAAGCUAACUGAAGCUGGCUAACUUUAGAAAACACUGAGUAGCUCUAGCUGGCUUCGUAGUAUACCCCUCUGCUCUUUGUGCCUGUAUGUUAUCCUCCAGUGUGUGUUUACAGCAGAUUUCCUCAGUCUAUACAAUGUGCUUAAUUGACUCACCCUCAGGCACACUAUGUAUUUGUAUUAUGUCUUUAUCUACAACUUAAUUAAAUCAAGACUUGAAACGUCAAAAAAGAGAGAAUAGCUGCUAAUAUUCUACUACUAAUACUGACUUCUGUCCUCUUCACUGUGGCCAGUGGACUUUGGGGUGAGUGCUCAGCUGGACAGGACCGUUGGGCGCAGGAACACCUUCAUCGGCACGCCUUAUUGGAUGGCCCCUGAAGUCAUCGCCUGUGACGAGAACCCUGACUCCACCUAUGACUACAGGGUAAUGACCCCUUUCCAUCCUAACGUGUGUCUGUGUCUGUCUGUGUUUGAGAGUGGCUACUAAUUCUCACCUGUGUGUCCACAGAGUGAUAUCUGGUCCCUGGGGAUCACAGCCAUAGAGACGGCAGAGGGAGCUCCUCGUAAGUACAGUGCACCCACACACACAUCUGACUCCACUUUAUUACCCUAUUCAUCUACAAACACACAGACACGCAGCCACAAAACAGCUUUAUCUCCAACUCUCAAGAACACAUUCCGCAUAACAUAAGCCUGCAGUGGAGAGAUUGAAUAAUCUUCCUCCCAAAUUAUAAAACUCCUGUCUCAUUAUUGGCCCAUAAAUCAAGCCCUGUGUUUAAGAGAUGGCUCAUUCACCACUGUGCUGCUCGUGUAAUAUACGAGGUGAGGGGGCUAUUGAUCUGUGGUGCUAGAGUGCCUACUUUAUAUCAAACCACAAAACACAACUACAAGCAUAUACAGUGCAUUCGGAAAGUAUUCAGACCCCUUGACUUUUUCCACAUUUUGUUACGUUACAUCCUUAUUCUGAAAUUGAUUAAAUAAAAAAUUUUCCUCAUCAAUCUACACAUAAAUGGCAAAGCAAAAACAGGUUUUUAGAAAUUUUAGCGAAUGUAUAAGAACUUAAAAACAGAAAUACCUUAUUUACAUAAGUAUUCAGACCUUUUGCUAUGAGACUCGAAAUUGAGCUCAGGUGCAUCCUGUUUCCAUUGAUCAUCCUUGAGAUCAACUGUGGUAAAUUCAAUUGAUUGGACAUGAUUUGCAAAGUCACACACCUGUCUAUAUAAUAUAUUUUGAAUUCAGGCUGUAACACAACAAAAUGUGGAAUAAUUCAAGGGGUAUGAAUACUUUCUGAAGGCACUGUAUCACCGCACACUGGUCCCACUGUAGGCAGCUUUGAAGGGGGGAUGCCUGCCUGGAGAAGGAGUCUCUCUCGGCAGCCUGGUGCUCCUGCUGUUGCUGUGCCCACCCAGUAUGCAUGACAUAGCCCAUGGGUCGUUCCAUGAAAUUAGUGCCUUUUUGUGUCCCUUUUGAUAUUUUAAGUAGAAAUUGUGCACAAAAUGUUUAUUUUAAAAGCCUGUGAUAUUAAAUGAAGAGCCCUCUAUAUAGACCACAUGAAAAAUUAAAUUAUUCCGAUUUUUUUAUAUGAAUGAAGACUUGCUAAAAUUAAGCAUUUUGACAUAACCCUCUGUGCACCCUUUGUGACUUCUAGGAAGAUUUUUACCCACUUAAGUUUUCACCAUCAUUGUAAAGCCCUAGUUAUUAUGUUGCUUUGACAAAGUCAUUUCUUGCAAUUAUUAUUUAUUUAAUGUUAUUAUUGAUUCCUUUUAAGGUGAAACAAAAAAAACUGUUCCCUCAUUUUAAGGUCAACCCUGUUACGUGAACUGAACGCAUUUUAAUAUGGUGAAACUGUUCAUUAAAAAAAAAGUUUUUUCUAAAGAAUCAUUUUAACAUCUUAUGGUCAAACCCUAGUAUAAAAGCAGGUGAGCUGGUUCUACUCUUUUUGGCCAUGUUCUGGUGUUUUGUGGUAGAAAACUGAGUGGGUCAAGCAUAACACGUCAACCCUGUUACCCAUAGAUAGACAGGCUAGAAAUGUUUUAAUUUAAUUUAUGAAGCUUGCAUUCAAUUUCCCCUCGCUGUUGCACACAUACUUCCAUUCCCCCUGUCACAAGGGGAUUCAUGGCAGAUUUGAAGAUGAAAUUGUCAACCGUGUUACUUUACUUGGCACUUAAUAGUCAUUUAUUUUAUUUAACCUCUUGAGAUGGGGAUUUUAUUUAUUUAUUCAGUUGAACAUGUGCUCUUUAUGACAGAAUGUUAAAAUUUGGUGAAACACAAUUUUUAUUUUUAUCACCAAGUUACACAACUCAAAAGGCACCCAAUUGGUGAAACAUCCCCCUUACAGGCAGGUCAACAGUCAAGGGCUGUUAUUGUUGCAAGGCCUGUUGUCGAUGGUGUGCUGUCAUGAAUUAUGCAACAUGGACUUACAUUCUCACUAAUACUGUGUUAGUUUCUACUGGUUACUGUGGGAUACUACUGGCUAAUUGUUAGCUAGCAUUGCUGUUGUUUUUCAAAACCUUACCAAACCACCCUGUGGUCUGACAGGAGCAGACUGGUUUCACUUAUUUGAACAAACCAAUAUACAUUCUGUUGUGUUGACUAGAUGUGCAAAACAGGUUAAAUGUGCCCGUCUGUCUGUACAGGCGUCUGUCUGUACAGGUAUCACAUUUCAGUUCCCACAGAUACAUAUACGGCACAAACCCUACAUGUCGACAGUAAGGAACGACCAACUUAAACUGGUCAUGUAAUCAUUGUGUAGUCACAAAGUGCUGAAAUGAAACCCACUGCAUGCCUUGGGCAGUAUCAGAAGUAAUGCCAGUGUAUGCAUUUUAUUGUUGAGCUGAUAACCUAACCAGACAGAUUUGCUAGCUACGCUGGGAAGACAAUGAGUAACAGUGUUGCUCAAACAAGACAAUGGGGCAAUAGGUGUGAGGCAACAAAGUAAGGAUCGGGAUUAGGAAGACCACAGAUAUUGACUGGGAGUACCUAGGCUGUUAGUGUCACAAUUAUCUGCAUAAAAUGAUGUGAUCCAUUACAACUUUAUACUGUAUAGUAAUAUACUACUGGUAUUUAAAUGCUUUUUGGAUUGAAAUGCUUGGUGGAUAUAAUACCAAUCCAUAAUACCCUUCCCCCAUAUCUCUCUCUCCCCCCUCUCCCUCUCCAGCUCUGUGUGAUAUGCACCCUAUGAGAGCUCUGUUCCUCAUCCCGAGGAACCCCCCUCCCAAACUCAAGUCCAAGAAGUGGUGAGUGUGCUGUUUGGUUCCUGCUGUUAUUUUUUCUGAAACUUCAGUUUUAUUUAAGGACCUAGCUAUUUUGUCUUGGCUCCCCUCCCCACCCUCCGUCCCUUCCUAUGCAGUGAUAAGAUUAUUUCCUUACCCUAGCCCUGCUGCGCUUUACUGAACUAUUUACGUCCAACACCAACUGGCCAUGGAUUCGUUUCAUAUACUGUACUUACCACUGGAAGUUCAGUGGCAUGUCAGAAAUGUUAUCACUAAGAGUAAUACAGUGCUCACCAACCUUUUCUGAGUCAAGAUUAGGGCUGUGGCGGUCAUGACAUUUUGUCAGUCAGUUAUAGUAAUGCAAAAGACUGCCGGUCUCACGGUAAUUGACUGUUAAUUAACAUAAACACAUUUAGUAUCUCCAGGCCUCAACACAUACAAGCCACUGAUACGCGCCUUUGGAACAUCUACAUUAAAAAAAGUAUAAUAAAUCAAUUGAAUAUACACCACCACAAUAAAUCCAUUAUUUAUUUUAGUCAGGUCUAAAGAAACAUUUUGAUAUGAAGAAAAUGUUGAUAAAAUAAACAGGAUAUGAGUUGGCCUACUGUAGGCGUAUGUUAUUUGGCUAUUCUCCAUGCCAUAGGCUUUAGGCUUGUUCAUUUAGCUGACAAGAUAUGCUUAUGUCCCGUGCCAUUAUUUUAUUUUAUUUUAUUUUAUUUUAUAGUAAGAAGAAUAUAAUUGAACUAAGCUGAAUAAAGUAGAACGGAUCUUUUUACCAUUACAGAGCGAGUGUGCAUAUGAAGUGGCUAGGUUGAGCGUAAAAGUGAUAAUUUGAAACAGGUCCUAUAUGCUAGAUUUAGAGUUAUUUGGCAACUUUAGUUGUGAAUGAUACAAACCUUAGGAUGCCUUAGAAAUCAAAAGAUGUAUGGGCUGCAUGAUGCGACUAUAGACUAUUGAUGAUUUGAGAAAGUAGCAAAAAAAGCUUGCUCUCUGUUCCUUGUAUAAUCAGUCAGUUAACAUGACCUUUAUGAAUGCUUAUUUUGAUUACAAAAAUGCUUCAAAAUUCACAAAUGAUCUCAUAUAACAAAAUGUGUAAGCUCUUCUAAGCCUGUGUUUACCACAUACCUUAUUUUCUGUGUUUAUCCCCCAAAAACUAUUCUUUCCCCAUUAAUUCCCCCCAUAUGAAUGGCUGAACGAACCAGAGGUAACUCAUUUCCGUUUUUUAGGACUACAAGCUGGGGAGCUCUAUUAGUCCAGUGGUCACCAACUAGUCGAUCUCCAAGUCAUUCAUAGUCGAUCACCAAACAUUUCUGUACAGAACCCAAUGAUAAAAGCCUUGCGUUCCCAUGAAAAUAGCAGUGAAAGAUCUACCUAAAGGAGCACUGUUGUACAUUGCCACUUUAAAUGUAUGGACACUCUGACUGUCUGUCUGUCUCUAUUUCACUCUCCCACACACACCUUUCCUGUUCUUCUCCUCUUUUUCUGAACACUCAUCUUGGGAUAGUUUUCAUUCCCAAUUACAUGUGACCUACAGGAGAUACCAGGCCUCCUAAAAGUCCCACUCACAACAGCUGUCCUAUCUCUCUCCACCAAACAGCUGUUACUCAACACCCCCCUCUGCCUCACCUGACUCUGACCCUCGUUAACCCCCCCCCCCCCCCACCCCCCCCACCAGGUCUAAGAAGUUUAUAGACUUUAUUGAGGGCUGCCUGGUGAAGACGUACACCAGCCGGCCAUCCACAGAGCAGCUCCUGAAGCACUCGUUCAUCCGGGACCAGCCCACGGAGCGCCAAGUCCGCAUCCAGCUCAAAGACCACAUUGACCGCACACGCAAGAAGAGGGGAGAGAAGGGUGAGAGAGGGAAGGGCCGGCCUGAGGCCUCUGUAAUUUGGGUUGAGCUAUUUUGUGUUUUCCAUGUCUGUGUGCAUAAUGGUUGAUUGAGACUGAGGGUGGGGUGUAUUAUGGUAUGGAGACUGAGGGUGGGGUGUAUUAUGGUCAUAAUAAGUACGUAUGUUUGCAGUACUACAGUGCAUUCGGAAAGUAUUCAGACCCAUUCACUUUUUCCACAUUUUGUUACGUUACAGCCUUGUUCUAAAAUUGAUUAAAUUAAAAAUGUUCCUCAUCAAUCUACAAACAAUACCCCAUAAUGUCAAAGAAAAAACGGCUAAUUAGCAAAUGUAUCAAAAUUUUAAAAAACUGAAAUACCUUAUUUACAGAAGGAUUCCGACACUUUGCUAUGAGACUCGAAAUUGAGCUCAGGUCCUGUUUCCAUUGAUCAUCCUUGAGAUGUUUCUACAACUUGAUUGGAGUCCACCUGUGGUAAAUUCAAUUGAUUGGACAUGAUUUGGAAAGGCACAUGCCUUUCUAAAUAAGGUCCCACAGUGGACAGUGCAUGGCAGAGCAAAAACCAAGCCAUGAGGUCGAAGGAAUUGUCCGUAGAGCUCCGAGACAGGAUUGUGUCGAGGCACAGAUCUGGUGAAGGGUACCAAAACAUUUUUGCAGCAUUGAAGGUCCCCAAGAACACAGUGGCCUCCAUCAUUAUUAAAUGGGAGAAGUUUGGAACCACCAAGACCUGGCCGCCCGGCCAAACUGAGCAAUCGGUGGAGAAGGGCCUUGGUCAGGGAGGUGACCAAGAACCCAAUGGUCACUCUGACAGAGCUCCAGAGUUCCUCUGUGGAGAUGGGAGAACCUUCCAGAAGGACAACCAUCUCUGCAGCACUCCACCAAUCAGGCCUUUAUGGUAGAGUGGCCAGACGGAAGCCACUCCUCAGUAAAAGGCACAUGACAACUCGCUUGGAGUUUGCCAAAAGGCACCUAAAGGACUCUCAGACCAUGAGAAACAAGAUUUUCUGGUCUGAUGAAACCAAGAUUGAACUCUUUGGCCUGAAUGCCAAGCGUCACAUCUGGAGGAAACCUGGCACCAUCCCUACGGUGAAGCAUGGUGGUGGCAGCAUCAUGCUGUGGGGAUGUUUUUCAGCGGCAGGGACUGGGAGACUAGUCAGGAUUGAGGGAAAGAUGAAUACAGAGAGAUCCUUAAUGAAAACCUGCUCCAGAGCGCUCAGGACCUCAGACUAGGGCGACGGUUCACCUUCCAACAGGACAAUGACCCUAAGCACACAGCCAAGACAACGCAGGAGUGGCUUCGGGACAAGUCUCUGAAUGUCCUUGAGUGGCCCGGACUUGAACCCGAUCGAACAUCUCUGGAGAGAACAUGAAAAUAGCUGUGCAGCGACGCUCCCCAUCCAACCUGACAGAGCUUGAGAGGAUCUGCAGAGAAUAAUAGGAGAAACUCCCCAAAUACAGGUGUGCCAAGCUUGUAGUGUCAUACCCAAGAAGACUCAAGGCUGUAAUCGCUGCCAAAGGUGCUUCAACAAAGUACUGAGUAAAGGGUCUGAAUGCUUAUGUAAAUGUGAUAUCUCCAUUAUUAUUUUUAUACAUUUGCUAAAAUGUCUAAAAAACGGUUUUUGCUUUGUCAUUAUGGGGUAUUGUGUAUAGAUUGAUGAGGGGGAAAAACAAACAAUUUAAUCAAUUUUAGAAUAAGGCUGUAACGUAACAAUGUGGAAAAAGUCAAGGGGUCUGAAUACUUUCCGAAUGCACUGUAUAUGCUAUGCGUUCUGAUUUCUGUUCUAUCUCUCACUCUCUUUGUUUCAGAGGAGACAGAGUAUGAGUACAGUGGCAGUGAUGAGGAGGAUGAGAACCGUGGGGAAGACGGAGAGUCCAGGUAACACAACACUCCCCCAAUAACGUUACUACCCAAUGCAAUACCCCAGGAAUAUAAGGUCACAGUGUCCUGAGAUGAAUGACACAAUCUCUUGCUUCUCUACUAUGAUCUCUCCAUCACCUCAUCCUACUAUAUUUCUCUGUCUAUCUGCGUCGUCCUCUCUAACCCUUCCACCUCUCUAACCAUUCCACCUCUCUAACCCUUCCACCUCUCUAACCCUUCCACCUCUCUAACCCUUCCACCUCUCUAACCCUUCCACCUCUCUAACCCUUCCACCUCUCUAACCCUUCCACCUCUCUAACCCUUCCACCUCUCUAACCCUUCCACCUCUCUAACCCUUCCACCUCUCUAACCCUUCCACCUCUCUAACCCUUCCACCUCUCUAACCCUUCCACCUCUCUAACCCUUCCACCUCUCUCUCUCUCUGUCCUCUAGUACCUCCAUCCUGAAUGUGCCUGGUGAGUCGACAUUGAGGCGGGACUUCCUGCGUCUGCAGCAGGAGAACAAGGAGCGGUCGGAGGCUCUGAAGAGACAGCAGGCCCAGCUGGCUGCCCAGCGCCGAGACCCAGAGGAACACAAGAGACAGCUGCUGCACGACCGACAGAAACGCAUCGAGGAGCAGAAAGAACAGCGCCGCCGCCUGGAAGAGGUAAUACACACAGGCCUUUUAUUCAUUAGAUUUGCUCACCUCCUGCGCCCUCUCUCCUCCGUCCUCUCUCACCUCCUUUUGAAAAAGGUAAAAGUUAAUCGAGGAGAGUCGGAGAGGGAAAGUGGACAAAUGCGCUCGUAUGAAAUGACUCUCCUUCUCGACUCGCGCGUCAUCAGGCAAAUUACAUUUACAGGGGUGGAUUCCCAAAUAAAUGUGUAAAGUGAUCAAAUGUCUUGCAUAACUAACUUUUUUUUUUUUAUCGAUAAAAGGAGGCUAUCGCUAUUUUAUCCAGCUAUUUAUGUCACAGUAGCCAGGUUUACUGGGCUUGUACUAGGCUGUUAUGUAUAUUGCCAUAACACACUGUACAGUGUUUUUGGAGAUACCGUUAUACAGCGUGAUAUGAAGGUUGCUAAUUUAGCAAGUUGGCCACGAUAUCUAUAUUACAUUUUUUAUUAAUUAUAAUAAUACAUCAUUUUACAUAAUUUCUGUGCCAACUAAAAUAAUUCCACUGGAUUUAAAUCUCAGAUGUUGGAUUCACCACAUACAGUAUGCAGUAGAUGGGAAUUGACUAUCACAAGGUCAGGUAUCAACCUUUCUUCAUGGAGAGAUUUUUUAUUUUUAUUGCUGAAUGUUCUCUGGAGAUAGAUCAACAAGAGAAGACAAGCAUCUUAAAUGUAAAACAUGUCAUUAGCAAGUUCUAUCUAGUUUUAAUACAACAAAGAGGCAGCCUCUCUUAAGGGAGAUGCUUUAAUAGGGAGGCUGUAGUGUCUUUUGAGAAGGCGGCUUAAAACUAUUCAGGGCGAUAUCAAUUAAAGUGAUGCUCUAAAGUGAUGCUCCAGAGGUUUUGUAUCAUUUCAGCCAGUAGUUUUAAAAUUAGUGCUCACGAACCAAAACGGGCCCCUGAGAAUUGUACACAAGAGGCAGGAAUUCAGUUGGUGAGGGAUUAAUAUUGCACCAUUCCUGUUAGUAGAGACAUUGAAGAGUAGGAAUAUUGUCAAAGACUCCAGCCACCCUAGUCAUAGACUGUUCUCUCUGCUACCUCACGGCAAGCGGUACCGGAGCACCAAGUCUAGGUCCAAAAGGCUUCUUAACAGCUUCUACCCCCAAGCCAUAAGACUCCUGAACAGCUAAUCAUGGCUACCCGGACUAUUUGCGUUACCAACCCCCUCUUUUACGCUGCUGCUACUCUGUUUAUUAUUUAUGCAUAGUCACUUUAACUCUACCCACAUGUACAUAUUACCUCGACUAACCAGUGCCCCUGCACAUUGACUCUGUACUGGUACCACCUGUAUAUAGCCUCCCUACUGUUAUUUUAUUUUACUGCUGCUCUUUAAUUAUUUUCUAUCUGUUGUUUUUUUUACUUAUCUAUUUAUUACUUAACACUUGUUUUUUCUUGUUUUUUUACUGCAUUGUUGGUUAAGGGCUUGUAAGCAUUUCACUGUAAGGUCUACACCUGUUGUAUUCGGCGCAUGUGGCAAAUAAAAUUUGAUUUCAUUAUGAAAAUAAAUAGUUAAAAUGUAAAAAGCCUAAAAAGCAAGAAUUUUGUAAAAAUGUGCUUAACCAGGCAGUUGAUACUGUAUGUAAUAAAAGGAAACUGCACUUUGUCAUAUUAUCUCCAAAUCUCUGAAUAUGUGGGAAACAUGGUAGAAGAACCUGGAUCAUAUGAAAUGUAUCAUUCAUUUUGAGGGGCAUUGCACUAUACACCACCUGAAAACACAUUCAUUUCAAAGUAAUUGAAUAUUAAUGUUUGGACAUAAAUUACCAUAAUUUGUUAAAAUUUGAUAUCAAUCCUCAUUUACCAAAGCUUACAAACCUAUAAACUCCAUUGAAGCAGACCUAAAGUAUUUUUAAAAAAUAUUGUUGAGAUGCUAUGCAAAUUGCAAUUCUAAUAUACAAAACAUUAAGAACACCUUCCUAAUAUUGGUGAAGAGACAGAAUCAUUAGAUCAUUUGUUUUGGUACAGUCCAUAUGUAGCUUUUUUUUGGUCGCAGGUCCAGGAAUGGCUGAAGAAUUGCAACAUUUACCAGGCGCUAACUCUGUAGAUAGCACUAAUGGGUGAUUUGAAAAGUCAGUCAAUCGAUCAAUAAUAUAUAAUACGUUUAGCAAAAAAAUUUAUGUUUAAUUUACAAUCUGUAGAAACUAUGAGAAUAGAAAGGUUCAGAACUUUUGUGAAACAGCACAGUUGAAAAAUAUAUGGCAAAUAGAAAUCCAAUAUGGAUGGUGUUAAGAGAUAGAUGGGAGGGGUUGAAUGGCACUGAAGGGUGGGAUUAAUAAAAACUAAUGUAAAAUAUACUGUGUCCGUAAAAUGUGUAUAGGUUCAGAGCUUUUGUGAAACAGCACAGUUAAAAAAUAUAUGGCAAAUAGAAAUCAAACUGGAUGGUCUUCAGAAAUAGAUGGGAGGGGUUGAAGGUAGCGGAAGGAUAGGAGUAAAAACAAACACAAGAUAACUAUUGUAAAAUAGAUUGUGUCCGUAAAAUAUAUGUAUAAGCAGGAAGUAGAAGCCGAAGUGUUGUUGUUCAUUAGUUUACUCCAAUUAGGGGAGGGGUGGUAGGGUUAGUGGAAAAUAAUAAAGGAAAAUAUAUUUGAAAAAUAUGUAUGUAUGUAUAUGUAGGGUACCAGUCAAAAGUUUGGACACACCUACUCACUGAAGGUGUUAAACAAAUGUUAUAUUUGAGAUUCCUCAAAGUAGCCACCCUUUGCCUUGAUGACAGCUUUGCACACUCUUGGCAUUCUCUCAACCAGCUUCACCUGGAAUGCUUUUCCAACAGUCUUGAAGGAGUUCCCACAUAUGCUGAGCACUUGUUGGCUGCUUUUCCUUCACUCUGCGGUCCAACUCAUCCCAAACCAUCUCAAUUGGAUUGAGGUCGGGUGAUUGUUGAGGCCAGGUCAUCUGAUGCAGCACUCCAUCACUCUCCUUCUUGGUAAAAUAGCCCUUACAGAGCCUGGAGGUGUGUUGGGUCAUUGUCCUGUUGAAAAACAAAUGAUAGUCCCACUAAGCGCAAACCAGAUGGGAUGGCACAUCACUGCAGAAUGCUGUGGUAGCCAUGCUAGUUUAGUGUGCCUUCAUGCUUCACUGUGGGAACCACACAUGUGGAGAUCAUCCGUUCACCUACUCUGCAUCUCACAAAGACAUGGCGGUUGGAACCAAAAAUCUCUCUAUGUACAGUUGAAGUCGGAAGUUUACAUACACUUAGGUUGGAGUCAUUAAAACUCGUUUUUCAACCACUCCAGAAAUGUCUUGUUAACAAACUAUAGUUUUGGCAAGUUGGUUAGGAUAUCUACUUUGUUUAUGACAAAAGUAAAUUUUCCAACAAUUGUUUACAGACAGAAUAUUUCACUUAUAAUUCACAGUAUCACAAUUCUAGUGGGUCAUAAGUUUACAUACACUAAGUUGACUGUGCCUUUUAAACAGCUUGGAAAAUUCCAGAAAAUUAUGUCAUGGCUUUAGAAGCUUCUGACAGGCUAAUUGACAUCAUUUGAGUCAAUUGGAGGUGUACCUGUGGAUGUAUUUCAAGGCCUACCUUCAAACUCAGUGCCUCUUUGCUUGACACCAUGGGAAAAUCAAAGGAAAUCAGCCAAGACCUCAGAAAAAAAAUUGUAGACCUCCACAAGUCUGGUUCAUCCUUGGGAGCAAUUUCCAAAUGCCUGAAGGUACCCCGUUCAUCUGUACAAACAAUAGUACGCAAGUAUAAACACCAUGAGACCACGCAGCCGUUAUACCGCUCAGGAAGGAGACGCGUUCUGUCUCCUAGAAAUGAACGUACUUUGGUGCGAAAAUUGCAAAUCAAUCCCAGAACAACAGCAAAGGAUCUUGUGAAGAUGCUGGAGGAAACAUGUACAAAAGUAUCUAUAUCCACAGUAAAACAAGUCCUAUAUUGACAUAACCUGAAAGGCCGCUCAGCAAGGAUGAAGCCACUGUUCCAAAACCGCCAUAAAAAAGCCAGACUACGGUUUGCAACUGCACAUGGGGACAAAGAUCGUACUUUUUGGAUAAAUGUCUUCUGGUCUGAUGAAACAGAAAUAGAACUGUUUGGCCAUAAUGACCAUCGUUAUGUUUGGAGGAAAAAGGGGGGACUUGCAAGCCGAAGAACACCAUCCCAACUGUGAAGCACGAGGGUGGCAGCAUCAUGCUGUGGGGGUGCUUUGCUGCAGGAGGGACUGGUGCACUUCACAAAAUAGAUGGCAUCAUGAGGAAGGAAAAUUGUGGAUAUGUUGAAGCAACAUCGCAAGACAUCAGUCAGGAAGUUAAUGCUUGGUCGCAAAUGGGUCUUCCAAAUGGACAAUGACCCCAAGCAUACUUCCAAAGUUGUGGCAAAAUAGCUUAAGGACAACAAAGUAAAGGUAUUGGAGUGGCCAUCACAAAGCCCUGACCUCAAUCCGAGCAAGAAGGCCUACAAACCUGACUCAGUUGCACCAGCUCUGUCAGGAGGAAUGGGCCAAAAUUCACCCAACUUAUUGUGGGAAGCUUGUGGAAGGCUACCCGAAACGUUUGACCCAAGUUAAACAAUUUAAAGGCAAUGAUACCAAAUUGAGUGUAUGUAAACUUCUGACCCACUGGGAAUGUGAUGAAAUAAAUAAAAGCUGAAAUAAAUCAUUCUCUCUACUAUUAUUCUGACAUUUCACAUUCUUAAAAUAAAGUGGUGAUCCUAACUGACCUAAGACAGGGACUUUUUACUAGGAUUAAAUAUCAGGAAUUGUGAAAAACUGAGUUUAAAUGUAUUUGGCUAAGGUGUAUGUAAACUUCCGACUUCAACUGUAUGUAUACAGUACCAGUCAAAAGUUUGGAGACACCUAUUCAUUCCAGGGUUUUUAUUUUAUUUUUACUAUUUUCGACAUUUGUAGAAUAAUAGUGAAGACAUCAAAACUAUGAAAUAACACAUGGAAUCAUGUAUUAACCAAAAAAGUGACUAACUUCUGUAUGCUAACUAGCUUAUAUGAACCAGAGUCAGCGUUUAGCAGCCAUUUACCUCAUCUAUGGCAUUGCUGGUAUGGCCGUAUUUCGACUUCUCAACAGCCUGGUAGAGCUCUGUUGCACAUCAAGUUGAAAAAAAUAAUAUUGAAAGUUCCUAUUUGAGUUCUUAGUAGUAGGAAUGUAAGUUUUUAAUAAUACAAAAAAAAAAAAAAAAAAAUAUAUAUAUAUAUAUAUAUAUAUAUAUAUAUAUAUAUAUAUAUAUAUAUAUAUAUAUAUAUAUAUAUAAUUAUUUUUUUUUAAAUGUUUUAUAAGAGACAGUUAAAGGGUUAAAAAAACAACUGUCCAAGUGUUUGAAUCAGGGAGCAGGUCAGUCUCAGAGAAGGAGCAGGGCUGCAGUGGCUGGCAGUACAUGUGUGACUCACGACCAACAUCUCCUUCCUCCUCCUUCCGUUCUCUUUCUCUCUCGCUUGCUCUCUCUCACACCUUUUAUUUCCUCUCACAGUGGAGGAAAAAAACUAACGGUUUAUGCAAAAGAAAGGCAUCCAUUCUAACCACAACCUAAUGUGCAAAAGUGGCCUCUACUCAUUUCUCUCCCUCUCUCUCCUGUCAUCCCUCUCCCUCUCAGCAACAGAGAAAAGAGCGAGAGAUGGUGAGACAGCAAGAAAAGGGCCCCCAUCGGAGACUUGACGAUAUAAGGAGGGAGGAGGAUAGGAGGCUGGCCGAAAGGGAGCAGGUAACCAACCACGAGAAGCUCAGGAGCACAAUCAGCCAAUUGGGGAGAGGUGUGGGCGAAGCCUACUCUGCAGGCUACUGCAAGCCACUCUGGCUGUGGAAUGUCUGUGAGCUGGUUGCCAUGGCAGCAGUGAUCUAAAUUAGUGUAUUUAUACAGAGAUGAGUUUUCUGUGGGUGAGCUCAGUUUCUGCGUCUCUCUUUUGCUUCGUUUCCGCUCUACCUUAGUAACACUGUGACUGGCAUUAUAUCACAGUCAACCUACGUUUUAUAAUCAAUUCUCCUUUUCUCCAUAAACCGUUUAACUCUCCUACCAUUGCCCGUUUCUUCACGAUAACUAACCUGCAUCGAGUCCUAAAUGAAGAAGUGAUGCAAUUUAUAUGGAUUUGUAUUGUAGAGUCAAACAGUCUAACUGUAAAAACGAAUACCGUUUGCAGUAGCUUUUAGUUUACCUGUAGAACUUUAAAGCCUUGACAAAUCACUAGGGCUGUGUACUAACUAGUGUAUGACAGUCAUAAUUCCCCCCUACAUCGUGGUCUAUUUAUAUCUAUCCUCUUCUUCUCCAUUGUCUUUCCUUUCCCUCUUCACCCCUCCUCCACCUCUCUUCAGGAGUUCAUAAGACAUAAGUUAGAGGAGGAACAGCGGCAGUUAGAAAUCCUUCAGCAGCAGCUGCUUCAGGAGCAGGCACUGCUCAUGGUAACUCUCUUCCUUCCUUUAUCCUGCAGUCACCUCCUCUCCUCAGCCCUAGUCUACCCCUACCUCUGCCUGCAGUGCAUACUGCUUACCCUCUUCCUCCUCCUACUGGCACUUCACACCUCUCACCACUAGAGGCAUCAAACACGCCAGUUUGAUGGUUUGCACUAACGCACUGUAUUUUGCUCCUUACUUUACGAAAUAAUGUAUUGAGAGAACUGGAGAAUCAUUGAGAGAACCCUGAGAAUAAGGCCCUUGUCUAUGUAUACCCUGCAUGAUGUCCCCAUCUUUGUAUGUAGGAUUGUGUCUGUUUUGGGGGCAUGUCAAAGGGAUGUAUAUUGUGUACUAGCCCUGCUCAGUCCUACAAAAGUGUGCUUUGACCGUAUCAUGGUGUUUGUGCAGGAGUACAAGCGUAAGCAGCUGGAAGAGCAGAGGCAGUCGGAGCGUCUGCAGAGGCAGCUGCAGCAGGAGCAUGCCUACCUGGUGUCCCUGCAGCAGCAGCAACAGGACAAGAAGCCCCAGCCCCUCUACCACUACAGCAAGAAUGUGGAGCCCAACAAUAAGCCUGCCUGGGCCAGAGAGGUACAAUAAUGCCACACAGACAUGAACAGUGGAACGUGCUCUUACUUCACAUUAAAUAACCCUAGGGACCACACCUUUCAUUAAAUAGGGUUUUAUAACCUAGAGUAAUAUAGAGUACUACCAGAGGAAUAUAUUUAGCAAUUACCCUGUAACAAGCUAGCAUCAAGCAGUUAUGCUGUAUCACCUUAGGUGUCAUCUUUUUUCCUGUAACUUAGUCUGAUUUGACAUCUCUGUGAUGUGCUUUCUCCCUCCCUCUCCCCCAUCUCUUCUCCCCUUCUUUCCCUCCAUUUUCCUCUCUCCCUCUGUCUCAGGUGGAGGAGCGCAGUAAGCUCAACAGGCAGGGCUCCCCCAAAAUCUGCACCACUGUCUCUGACACUGCCAUCCAAUCACGCUCCGACUCCAUCAGCCAAUCCGGAGGGGGCCAGGCUGCUCAGACCCCGCCUAUGCAGCGGCCUGUUGAACCUCAGGGGGGGCAGGGCAAGGUGUGUGUGUGUGUGUUGGCGUUUAUGUUAAUCUGAGAAUAUAUUUGUGUGUACUUUAUUAAUAUGUUUCCCCUUGUUACAAUAUAGUGUAGACAUGUUUAAAUACUGGUUUAUCACAGUGGAGGCUACAAUGUGUCAAAGUUGAGAGAAAAAUGAGAUGUUCUAUUCUUCCCCAUGUCUUUUUCCUUGGACUGUCUAAUAAUGUUUAUUUUACCUUUAUUUAUUUCCAAUCUUCUUUUCCUUCCUUUUCUCCCCUCUCCUCCUCCUGGACCCACCCUCUUCCCUUCUUAUUGCUUUCAUAUUGUCUUAUUGCCCUAAUUUAUUCCCCGCACAAUCCUCCCUCCUAUCUCACUCUAUUCUGCUUGCUCUCACUGCCGACCCUGCCCUCUCCUCCACUGCCAUAUUCACCUCCUCCAUUCCCUCCUCCCUCACUGCUGCCCCCCUUCAGUUCCAGAUGGCCCACUUGGUCCCGCUCAAGCCCUACGCUGCCCCUGUCCCCCGCUCCCAGUCCCUGUGUGACCAGCCCACUAAGACCAUGUCCGCCUUCCCCACCCAGGAUCCCUCCCCCACCCCCCGCCCCGUCCACUCCAGGGAGCUGGUCCGACAGAACUCUGACCCCACCUCCGAGAGCCCCGCCCCACAGCCUCGCAAAAGGGAGGACCGCGGCCCCUGGAUCCGCCUGCCAGAGAUCGAACAGCCGCCAAAGGUGAGAGGCCACCUGCUGGGUUUUAGUCUUUAAAAUAUAUAUACAAAAGUAUGUGGACACCCCUUAAAAUUAGUGGAUUUGGAUAUUUCAGCCACACCCUUUGCUGACUGGUGUAUAAAAUUGAGCACACAGCCAUGCAAUCUCCAUAGCCAAACAUUGGCAGUAGAAUGGCCUUACUGAAGAGCUCAGUGACUUUCAACGUGGCACCGUCAUAGGAUGCCACCUUUCCAACAAGUCAAUUUGUCAAAUUUCUGCCCUGCUAGAGCUGCCCCGGUCAACUGUAAGUGCUGUUAAGUGGAAACAUCUAGGCGCAACAACGGCUCAGCCGCGAAGUGGUAGGCCACACAAGCUCACAGAAUGGGACCGCUGAGUGCUGAAGCGCAUAAAAAUUGUCUGUCCUCAGUUGCAACACUUACUACCAAGUUCCAAACUGCUUCUGGUAGCAACGUCAGCACAAUAACUGUUAGUCGGGAGCUUCAUGAAAUGGGUUUCCAUGGCCGAGCAGCCGCACACAAGCCUAAGAUCACCAUGCGCAAUGCCAAGUGUCGGCUGGAGUGGUGUAAAACUCGCCGCCAUUGGACUCUGGAGCAGUGGAAACGUGUUUUCUGGAGUGAUGAAUCACGCUUUACCAUCUGGCAGUUCAACGGCCGAAUCUGGGUUUGGCGGAUGCCAGGAGAACGCUACCUGCCCCAAUGGAGAGUGCCAACUGUAAAGUAGUUUGGUGGAGGAGGAAUAAUGGUCUGGGGCUGUAUUUUAUGCUUUGGGCUAGGCCCCUUAGUUCCAGUGAAGGGAAAUCUUAACGCUACAGCAUACAAAGACAUUCUAGACGAUUCUGUGCUUCCGACUUUGUGGCAACAGUUUGGGGAAGGCCCUUCCCUGUUUCAGCAUGACAAUGCCCCCGUGCACAAAGCGAGGUCCAUACAGAAAUGGUUUGUCGAGGUCUGUGUGGAAGAACUUGACUGGCCUGCACAGAGCCCUGACCUCAACCCCAUCGAACACCUUUGGGUUCAAUUGGAACGCCGACUGCGAGCCAGACCUAAUCGCCCAACAUCAGUGCCUGACCUCACUAAGGUUCUUGUGGCUGAAUGGAAGCAAGUCCCCGAAGCAACAUCUACUGGAAAGCCUUCCCAGAAGAGUGGAGGCUGUUAUAGCAGCAAAGGGGGGACCAAGUCCAUAUUUAUGCCCAUGAUUUUGGAAAAAGAUGUUUGACGAGCAGGUGUCCACAUACUUUUGGUCAUGUAGUGUAUUUAGUAAUGUCGGAUAUCACUAUCUUUCGCAGAUUCCCCAGAGGACAGCCUCCAUUGCCACAGCUCUCAACACCAACCUCUCCUCUGGCAUCAGGCAUCCAGUCAGAGCCAGGUAACUCAGACGGACACAUCUAAGCUACUCUCAUUCUAAUCCCGGCUCCUAGAACCAAAUCUCCCGCUACUUGAUUUAGGUUUUGGCGGCAAACACUUUCCAAUCUGUCUUAGCGAAGUCCGUGCCUCCCUAUGCCAAAGCCUGUUCCCAGUCCCUCCCUCUCUCUUCAGAAAGUGCACAUAUGUUUAUUAAUAUUUUAUGUGCUGCAUGCUAACAUGGAGGUAUCUGGCGAUGGUUUUUGAUGAAACUAUUUUGCGGGUAAGCAAUGUUUAUUAGAGAAUUGAGGCUAAAAUGUGUCCCCACUGAACCACACCUCCGCGAAAUCAUGAUUCGUCAAAAUAAUCAGCUGAUACUAAUCUAACGCACCGAACAGAAAAUCAGUUUUACUCCCUGUCUCACUCAUGAGCUCAUUUGGCGAUACAUUUCAACGUGUGUGUCAGAAGACUAUUCUGAUUCCAAUCAUGACACUUGAAUGAUGGUAGAUCAUGACAAAGUUAUGAUAUUCACUGCUGAGGCUUGAUAACUGAUCUUAUCUCUUCCUUGUAACAGCAACCCAGACCUCAGCCGCAACGACCGUUGGGAGAGAGGAGAUAGCAUGAACCUUGUGUCCAGUCUACCCCAGACUGGCUCUCUGGAGAGGCACCGGAUACUCAGUGAGUCUAUCACAUUCUCUAUGACUCUGCUAAUCCCCUCUCUUUCUGUUGAUCCCUCUUAUGGAAUGAAGCAAGCCCCAACAAUAAUGUUAGGAAGCCCCCAUGGUGACAUUCAGAAUGUUGGUUUCAGGCUCCUCCAAAAUAGACUCCCCCAUACUAGGCCAUGAUGGGCGCAUGAUGGGGCACAAGCCAGGGGAGUCUCGCACCUCGUCCCGCCCCAGUCGCCCUGCUGUAAGUACCCCUCACCUGUAAAACACACUCACUAUGAACACUGCAUGAAAGGGAUUCAGACAGCACUUUACACACCCUUCCCUUUUCUCAGCUGUUCACACACUUUUUUUUGUAGAAAUAUAUCUUUCUCUUUUCACUGACUAUUCUGCACUAUUGUAACCUCUGCACUCACUCCCCAAUCCAUACAACUGAUCUUUUUCUGGAUAGUGACUCCUGCACUAACAGUUUCUCUCUUUUUCCUAUCCUAUUCGCUGCACUUUCUUCUUUUUACACCACUCACUUCCCUGUUUGUCUAUUGCUUCUUCCAAUGCACAGAGUUACAAGAGAGCUAUAGGAGAGGUUAGUAUCUGUGUGUGUGCUGUGAUACACAUGUUUUUACGUUCUCAAUGUCAGGCCGCUGUGUUAAGUUACACAUGCCUGUCAUAGUCCUAGUAUGCUGGCAAAACCUGUCGUCUGUGUGCCGUGUGUGUGUUCAGGACCAUGGACUGUAUGCUAAAGAGCGUCCUGAGGAGCAGCCCAGACCGCCGGUGAAGGCCAACGACUACUCCUCAUCCUCAGAAGGCAGUGAGAGCAGUGAGGAGAGUGAGAGUGGAGAGGGGAAUGAGGAGGACAGCCCCACAGACCGGUCAGUACCAGGGUGGGAGACACACACACUGACAAACCGAAAGGAGAAAAAAUAAAUGGCUUUUUACAGAGACCGCUUCUUGUGGGAAUAAUGACAUUGAAAGGCCAUUCUAUCCUCUUUUUACCACCACCCUGAUCUUCCCUUGUUUUAUUUUCCUGUCCAUUGCAUAUCCUCCACUGUGCGCUGUUCUGUCCUUUUCCUCUGUUUCUUCCUCCCUGACUUCCUCUCCUGUCUGUCUUUAGUCCCAGGGAUGCAGACACUGACUCGGUCAACACCAUGGUUGUUCAUGAGGAGGAGGGCGAGGGAGGGGAGGAGGGGCAGGCUGGAGUCUACAGGGACCAGACCAUGCUGGUGCAGAGGGUAAGUUAUCUGUCUUUCAGGAAGUAGCCUACGGGACUAGAGAGAAGUCAUCUGUGUUAAACACGUAUGUACGCAUGUGUGUGGAGUUGUGUAAAUGUGUGUGGGUGGUCAGGUUACUCUAAUGUAGGGGGUUGUGUUAGACCAUUGUGACUGGUUUGUCCCUGUUGCCUGGCAGACACCAGAGAAGCGGAGCCACAAUGGAUACACCAACCUGCCUGACGUGGUGCAGCCCUCCCACUCCCCCACUGACUCAGCCUCCCACUCCUCCCCUGGGAAAGACUCUGUCUAUGAUGUGAGUCUCUCUGACUGUCUGUCACCCUGAAUACAAGUACAAUCCAUCUGUCUCCAUGUACAUGUUUCUCUGCCCAAACUCCAUUCUCUCCCUUCUUCCUGUUUCUCCCAGUAUCAGUCUAGGGGUCUAGUCAAGGCGUCAAGUGGCAAGUCCUCCUUCACCACCUUUGUUGACCUGGGCAUGUACCAGCCACCAGGUGACACUGCGGAUGCCAUCUCUGUGGGCAGUAAGUACAGACAGAACGUAUCAUUAUCAAGAGGUUAAAUGAGGUUCCCCUAUACACCUUCACUUCCCUCUUCUAGUCUCUAGCUUCAGUACUCGGCUCACAAUCCAGCAUCUUUUACUUUACUGCUGUUAGUAAAUCUGAGUCAUGGAAAUGUCUCACAGCAGGAGGGCAGCAUUUGCCCACAGUAGCUUGAUUCAAUAUUAUCAUUCCCUUAAGGAAGUUUGGGCUUUUGUAGAAUAAAAAACAUGGGUUGUAUUUCUCUCCUCUUCCCUCUAAACUCUGCCUGCUUCCCUGCCUCCCUCCUGCUGUGUCCAGGCCUGGGCUCCAGAUUUGAGCAGCUGAAGAUGGAGGUGAGGAAAGGCUCCAUGGUGAAUGUGAACCCCACCAACACACGCCCCCACAGCGACACCCCUGAGAUCCGCAAGUACAAGAAGAGGUUCAACUCUGAGAUCCUAUGUGCUGCUCUCUGGGGUGAGACUGACAGCACGCUGGUCUAAGCUAUAGCCCACACUGUAAUCAUUUUAUUCCAUCCAGCAUGAGUAUGACAUCUUUUACAAAUUUCCUGUAGGUCCUGAUUGAUUGCAUUUUGGGGAUAUUUGUAUCUAACUGUGUGUGUGAUUCCCAGGUGUGAACCUGCUGGUUGGGACAGAGAACGGUCUGAAGCUGCUGGACCGUAGUGGUCAGGGGAAGGUCUACCCCCUCAUCAACUCCCGCAGGUUCCAACAAAUGGAUGUCCUAGAGGGACUGAACCUGCUUAUCACCAUAUCAGGUGAUUUAAUACUGCUCAGCACUUUUCACACACUGCGCUCAUCUGGGGUUUGUUCAGGAUAGUGCAUCGUCUCAAAAUCUUCAGAUAGAAUCGGUUAGCUCUACGUUUUGCCUUUCUAUCUGCAACGUUCUGAACGUUUCACUUAUCUGAAUACACCCGUGGACAAGGACCUGUGCAUCACAAACCCCAUCUGUUGCUACUCAGACCCUUUUCUUAUCCACUGUAUAACCUCUUACUUUCUGUCUGUGUGUGUGUCCGCCCCAGGUAAGAAGAACAAGGUGCGUGUGUACUACCUGGCCUGGCUGAGGAACAAGAUCCUCCACAAUGACCCAGAGGUGGAGAAGAAGCAGGGCUGGACCACUGUAGGGGAGAUGGAGGGAUGUGUGCACUACAAAGUGGGUGAGUAAAGGGAGGAAGGAAACAGAAGAGUAACAGUGAUGUGACCUGUUAUUGCAUUCAGUUUUUCCAAAAAUGUAUAUUUACACAUGGUUUUGUCUUUUUGGCAGUGAUUAUUUAUAGCAUAAUAUAAAGGCUCUAAUCCCGCUUUGUUGUUUGUGUCUAGUGAAAUAUGAGAGGAUCAAGUUCCUGGUGAUAGCUAUGAAGAAUGCUGUGGAGGUAUAUGCCUGGGCUCCCAAGCCUUAUCACAAAUUCAUGGCCUUCAAGGUAGGUCUCACUUUUCCUUCCUCAUUGUUCUGAAUGCCAGGUGUUCUAUUUCCCACAGCCUGUCAACCAGAACAACAUUCAAAAUCCCUUAUGUUCUCUCUCUUUCUCCUCUCUCUUUCCGUCUCCCAUCUCUCUCUCUCCUCUAGUCCUUUGGUGACCUGCCCCACAGGCCCCAGUUGGUAGACCUCACAGUGGAGGAAGGUCAGAGGUUGAAGGUCAUCUACGGCUCCAUUGCUGGCUUCCACGCCAUCGACGUGGACUCUGGGAACAACUAUGACAUCUACAUCCCAGUGCAUGUAGGUGGAGAAGUUCCUCAUGUAACACCACACACACACACACACACACACAGAUAAACAGGGCCAGACAGAAACUAUGGGGGCAGAAUAUCCUUAAGCCCCCACAAAUCCUUCCAAAUCAAAUAGACUUGGGAAUUCAUUCACACCUAAAAUAGCUACAAAACAUGAAUAAUAAUCAGUUUUAUUGAUUAGAUGCCCAAACUUGACAGGUAUUGAUAUAAAAACGUUCUCACAGAUUCCACCCACUUCUUGCUAGAUUUACAUUUUAUUUUAGUCACUUCACAGCAGUGUUGUAGUACUCGAUUCGGACUCGUCCCGAUUUUCAUGACUUGUGACUCAACCAUUGGUGACUCAGACUCGCCUUCUUGUGACUUGUAUUUGCACUUGGACUGAGUAUGCUACUAUGAUAAGCAGAAUAUUAGCAGAACUGUGUGCGCAGAGCAGCGAGGGUUCUGUUCUCUAGCAGUGGGAAGGACGCGCCACAGCCUACAUCAGCUGGUGAGCUGCUGCGACGCAAGCGAUGAGUGUGGGCAGACAGGCAAGGCAGGCUCUGCUCCGUCUCCACCUCCGAUCAUAGGCUACACGUUGUGCAAGCGACUCUGUUGCGUGCCCGUACCCACCGGUCACCAGUCUACUAUUUAGCUUUGCCUGGUUAAGAAACACAAACUACUUUACGAAAUUGAAAACCAUAGUAUUGAAUUUAAGAGUAAAACAGUCUAUCUAUUUCUCUCUCUCCCCUUGAGUAUAGAAAAGUAGGCUCUUUGAAUUUGUCGUCUCGCUCUACCCUCCCACUUUCCCCCCUGCAUCCUAUAGCCAGGUUCUGACAAGCCUGACGUUUUCACUCUGCAAUAAAGAACCUACACAAAUAUCAGUGGGUGAUUUACAAAAAAGUAGCUGAAAGCCUGUUACAAUUAUUGCAAAUAAUAGUCUGGUCAAUCUGACAAGAGCAAUAGCCAAUUCUGUCUAGAGAACAUUCAUCCAUUACUGACUUGACAUAACUAUUGAACAUUACAUUAAAAUAAAAUGUGAGCGUGUGAAUGAAUGACUUAUUUGUUUCAUAGUCUCUUGCAUAUUGCAGCCAUUUAUGACCAUUGGGCAACAGGAGGUAAAUCUUUGCGUUACUUCAAUGCUCACAUUAAAAUCUUCCCACCAGCCCCCCACUAGUUGUUGCUGGGAAGAUUUAUUCUACUAAAUCUGAGCCAAAUCAAUAGAGGCGCGAAUCUCUAGCAACAGACGAGCAUUGAGCCAUCAAGACGGCAGUACGAGUGUGCAAAAAAACAGCAGUAACCAAAAUACCAAAUAUGUCUAAAGAACCCCGAAUCAUUAAUUUUGCUUUCCACAUUUUUCAGCAGAUGGUGCAAAGAGUGUGGCGCAAUGUCAAAUAUGUAACAGAGAAAUGGAAGAGAAGACCGGAACCACUUUGAACUUCAAAACUCAGACCCAGUGAUUCAGACUUGAGCACUUUGACCUAGACUCAAGCACUGGGACUCGGACUUCAGCCAUAGGGACUAGUGACUCGACUAUUGGUGACUCGGAAUUAGCCAUAGGGACUCGUGACUCGACUAUUGGUGACUCGGAAUUAGCCAUAGGGACUCGUGACUCGACUAUUGGUGACUCGGAAUUAGCCAUAGGGACUCGUGACUCGACUAUUGGUGACUCGGACUUAGCCAUAGGGACUCGUGACUCUACUAUUGGUGACUCGGACUUAGCCAUAGGGACUCGUGACAUCACUAUUUAUGACUCGGACUUAGCCAUAGGGACUUGUGACUCGACUACAACACUGCUUCACAGACACUCUUAUUCAGAGCGAGAAUCAGUGCAUUUAACUGUUAGGUCAAACAAUAUUCUACUCCUUCUCCUCUCUGUGUGUGUGUGUCCAGAUCCAGUCCCAGAUAAUGCCCCAUGCCAUCGUGUUCCUGCCCAGCUCGGACGGCAUGGAGAUGCUGCUGUGUUACGAGGACGAGGGCGUCUACGUCAACACCUACGGACGCAUCAUCAAAGAUGUGGUGCUGCAGUGGGGCGAGAUGCCCACCUCCGUUGGUAUGGCACAUGUGUACAGGCAUACACACAUACACACACACUUCCUCUUAAAGUUGCCGUGUUCUGAGUUCUCUCCCUCUCUUUCUCUCUGUGCAGCCCAUAUCUGCUCCAACCAGAUCAUGGGUUGGGGAGAGAAGGCCAUAGAGAUACGUGCUGUAGAGACAGGCCACUUGGAUGGA